AGAGUCGCUGGCGAAACGCAGCUCAGCAGCAGCGUCGCCGCGGCCGGAGCUUGCAGGCGGCUGUUUUCGUUUUCGAUUGCAAGCGGCGGUCAAUGGAGUAUAAAACCCGCCCGGGCUCGAGGUGGUGGGACUGACUUGUCCAAAAGGGAGCGCCUCUUCCACUCCCUGCCCCAGGCCUGCGAGAAUGAAGUACAAGGUAAGAAGAUGGGUUGCUUUGAAAAACUUUGCUCGCCCCCUUUUUUUCGUGCGUGGGGCAGGAAACGCGCGUGGGACGGGCAAAAGUUGUGCAUGUACUUUUCCUGCUCCGGAAGAUGUAUUGGCAGAGCGGGGAAUGACGCGAGCCUGACCCGCCUCGGUGCUUGGAUUCAGGGUCGAGCCAAAGUUAAGGAUCUGUCGGGAAACUUUUCCAAACUUCUCCAGCGAUGCCUCAGUUGUGUUCAGUAGGUCUCUUGAAUUUAAAAGCAAAAACAAAAAGUCGAGUCGAAUGAGUGACUGCGUUUAGUCCUUGCUAGCAGCCAGUUUUUAUUUUGUAUUUUGGAGGGGAGAGUUUUGUUGCGGUUUGAAAACUUCUAACCAGCCUCAACGAUGCCUCUGACAAGCUCGAUAUUUUCUCAUCCGCUGUUGAUCUGCAAGACAGUUAACGCUGUCUCUUCCUCUAGCUCCUUACUUGUAGAGCAGCCUCGCUCGCUUACUCCAGAGUAAGGCUGCCCUUUCAGGGAGAAAGACCGAAACAGCAGCGCAGCCCUAUACAUAUGUCUACUCGGAAGUAAGACCCAUUGAGUUUAGUGGGCCUUCUCCCAGGUGAGUAUAGACUGCAGCCUCAAAGUUAAUAUUUCAAAGUAAAUGAGACACUUGAGAUUUUAUUACCUCCUUUUGAAGCUCUUCGAAUCCUUUUUGGGAUACAAAUAUGUGUGGGUACCUUUUUGGGGGGGGUGAAACAAUGGGUUAAAAGAAAACUGUUGUGGAGCAAUUUAAACCUUUGCCAGCAGAGAUAUCAUUGAAUAAUAGAUAACUGAGAAGAGGAUGUGGUUUACAGUCAGUGAUAAAAAUAAUUUUCAGAAAAGGUGUAUCAGAGAGUUUUUCUGAGUGACCAAAGCAAGAUAGCCUGUUCUUCUUUCCUUCAGAAAUCAGGAUGAGAUCGGGAUUAUGUUGGCUGGAUAGAAAAUAUUUAGAUGUCAGCAUAAGGCUUAGCUGUUGACUUGGGCUUGGAUUUCUCCCCAUUUUGCAUGCAAAUCUGUGCAGAAGAUCUGAAAAGAUUUCCUUCCAUCACGUAAUGGAAUUGCUUUGAUAAAGUAUAAAACAUCUCAGUUCCUGUUAAAGAACCAGUUUUAAAAACUUAGUGCAGUGGACCAGUGAGAUCUGGGUUCAAGUUCCUUCUACUUAACCAAUCACCACACUGGCUGCCUGUGGGUCAGUCCCUGUAUGUCUGCCUAGUUGUGAGGAUAAGAAGGGACUGUCCCCAUGUUGUUCACCAGCUUGGACACUUUGAAGGAUGAGUGCUUUACAAAAUGGGGCAAACAGAGUUUGAUGAAAUAUAAAAUUCUAGACCUGUACUUUUAGCAAGAGGGCUCACAUGUUGAUUUAAUGUGAUUCCUGCUGCAGAGAUGUUACCCAUUAAUAAUACAAAAAAGUGUAGCCAUAAUCCUGUACAUUUCAGUCACUUGGAAUGAAUUGUUGUCUUGCAUUUUUCCCUCUUUCCAGUUUGCUUAGUUUUGAACUAGAGUUCAUUCUAGUCGUGUUAAAAACACACAUUCGGGCUGUGUUCCUGUGUGCAUGCUUACAAGGGAGUAAAGACAACUGAAAUCAGUAGGACUUUACUUGGGAAUGUGUGCAUUGUACACAAUUCUUUAGGUAUCUCUGAGCAACAAUCUGGACAAGUAUUUGGUAGCAGUGACCCCUGUAUUCCUUCGUCUCCCAUGGGUCUAGGAAAACUCUUUCAAGUUAAACUAGGAAAGAGAUUGAACUUUGCAGAGCUCUUUCUAAAGGAAUUCUGUUUCAGAGCUUUCGUGAUUGGCUCCUUGCAGUCAGUCACAGCUCUAUACUGAUUAAAAAUAUGUGUGCUUGGUACAAGAAUACCCCGGGGCAUCAGAUCAGCAAAUAGCAUCUACUGCAAUCUUGUUUUGUUGGACUCAGAGGGGAGGGGGAGGGAAGGAAAGGUUGUUCCUCUGCCAAGAAAAAGGAAACCUGUCAAGGUCAACAUGAAACCAAAAGAGUGAAGGAAGUUCUUUACCUUCCAAGUCGAAGUUUGUAACUAUUUAUAAUGUUGUGAGUUAAUUUGGCCACAAGUGGUGGUCUUACUAUAUGGCUGUACAAUGCAUAGCUCCAUGCUAGUCCCAGCCUAUGAUUAUAGCCUCUAGAAUGCAAAAAUAAAUAGGGUAGCAAAUAGUCAUAAUGAUAAUUCAUGCCUGGAGGUACACUAAUUCUUAACUGUAAUAGUAUACACGAACCUUCUCAGAAUUUCCCGCAUGCCGCAGGGGAAUUUAGGACCAAAUCUCAUGAAUGAUGGGCCCAAGCUUAGGAUUGCUAUAGAAGAUUUGGGUUAAACAGUGAUAGGCUGUGGCAGAAGAUCUUGAAAGGCAACUAAAAACUUGAAUUUAGGGCAGUGCUGACAGCAGUUCUUUUCCUGAGAGAUGUCUCACAGUGCUAGCCCCAGGAUUUGCUCAUCCUCUUUCUUUGCAGCCAGAUUCAGGGCUGGUGGCAGCACCUGGCAUAGGUGAGCAGCUGACAGCAUCUACCUUGGCUCCCUCCCUUCACUAUUAUUAUUUUUUUAAAUGGCCCGCCACUCUGAGCAGUGUCACAUGGUUGAAUCUGGCCACCAUUUUCAUUUCCCACAAUGCCCCUGACCUAGGAUGGUAAAUUUAAAGGGUGUUUAGGCCUAGCUCUGCUUGAAGCGCUGCAUGGCACUGCUAGGAAAGCUUCCCAAGGUUCACAAAUGGAGGAGUGAGACCUGGAUCAACACCCAGGCAAGUGAGCAGGUGGAACUGUGAACUUGGAGUCUUGGAGAGGGCAAUUGGGUAGGUAGCAGGUUCUGGUGGUCAGCAGUAGAACAUCUGUUGAGGUAUGAACCUGGGUAGGGAGUAGAUAGUACCAACUCUGGGAGAAAAGGAAGGGGCUUACAAAUAUUGGCUUCUAAGUAAUUUUGGAAGAAAUAUAUUGGCUAUUCUUCGUGGCUGCCAGCAAUCCUGCCGUUUCCUCAGUUCCCAUUGCAUGGAUGGAAGAUACAGGGAGCAAGGAGGAAGGAUCUCUGACUUAAUGCUACUCUUUGAAAGCUGUCAGGAUCUCAACCAGCCUCAGUUCAGAAAUACACCCACUUAUAAACAGUGUUUUGAAAGGAAAUGUGAGGCCCAUGUACCUGCCCAGCUACUGAGAUCAAGGAACAUUUUGCUGUUGGCUUCAACUGGGUAUGGGAUACUCUGCCUUAAUUGCACCGUAAUCCCUUUGGGAUUAUAAAAUCACCUUGACAUUUCUGGUUAUCCCUUUUUUAUCCUUCCCGCACUGCCAAAAGCGACGAUCCUGUUUCAUAUAUAGAUGCAGUCUCCUUCAAAACACUGAGUGCAUGUGAAAUGAGUAAUUUAAUUCAGAUGACUGAAUGCUGACUGACUGACUGAAUACUAUGUAAUGCUCUUAGAUGGAGCAGGGCAGACUUCUUUUGUGCCAGCGAGCAAGCAAACCAUAAAAUCAGAAGAUUUUUGCAUCUAUAAAACCUUCCUGGUAAACUAGUUUGUUUACAUUUCUUAGGGAGUCUGAAGUAUUUAUUUAAACAGUUUACCCAAGGCUAACAUUCUUAAGCUGAAGUCCACAAAUCAUUCACCCUGGAGUAAUUCUAUAGAUUUCACUAAUACUACUACAAACUUAAAACCGUUUAUCAAAGUUGAUGUAACUUGAAAAACUACUUCCUGUUGCCUUUCUUAAAAGCAAGGCAAACAGUCAGCAUCUAAUAUAUUGCUUAUUUUAUGUCCUGUCAUUUAUUAUUAUUAUUAUUGCUUUUGUUUGCAUAACAAAAUGAAUACCCCUUGUGGUUUAAUGGAUAGAGAAUUGGUUUGGCUGCAAGACUUCAAAGUCUUGCUCAGGUAUAGAGCUCAUUAGGUUGGUCUGGAUCAAAUUGCUGGUCAUCAAAGUCAUGCAACCAAUCACUUUCCUCAAAUUCAUUCUGAAUGGCAAAAUCUGGACACUUCUCUGAAGCAUACAUUUUACAGCUUGCAAGAAUACACAUGUUCCAACAAUUUCCCUACAUCUUUUUUGAUGUCCUGGAGUUGUAAUCCUAGAGUUUCCACUGUUGUGUGACAUAAAUGCCUACUAUUUUAAUAAACAACUGUUGUUUUCCUAAUAACAAAGCUUUGAUUUGGCCACUACUUAAAAAUAGAAACUUGAUAAGAUGGAUAGUUGGCCUGAGCAUGUUACAAAGAUUCACCUGCUAGGCAAUAAACUGAGUUUAUUAUGCUUUCCAACAAAAUCUUGAAACAUCAUUGAUACACAGCAGUAUUAAUCUCCCCACUCCCAUACAUUGCACUUCGUGUAUAAUCUAGUAGACGUUUGAAUACUUGUAAUGUGGGGGUAGGGAACCCUUUUCAGCCAAAGAGCCACAUUCUCUUCUGGACAGCUUUCCAGGGGCCGCAUGCCGAUGGUGGGUGUUGCCAGAGGCAAAAGUGGAUGGAAGAGCAAGCGUAAAUUUUACCUCUGUGCAGUAGGGUAGUUUCAAUCAAUCAAUCAAUCAAUCAAUCAAUUUUACAUCCCGCCCUUCUUCCCAAAGGAGCCCAGUAUGUACCCACACCCACACCCACCUCUGUAUUCUCCAUCCAGACAAGGAGGCAUGAUCAGAGUUCUAGGACACAGUCCAACCAAAUUUGGAGAGUAUUCUAGGGCCAGGUAGAGAGGCCUGGAAGGAUGCAGUUCACCUUCAGGCCUGAGAGUCUCCACCCAUCUGUAAGGCAGGGGUGGCCAAUUCCCAAGAGACUGCAGUCUUCUCACAGUUAAAAACUGGCAGUGAUCUACCCCAUUUUUGGGGGUUCAGGUUGAAGUUGUUGGGAGCCAAAGUUGUUUGGCUUCUUUGGGGGGAGCCAGUGAUCUACCACAGAUGUCCAGUGAUCUACUGAUAGAUCAUGAUCUACAUGUUGGACGUGCCUGCUGUGAGGCAUAAUAAGAGUUGGGUACCACAGUUGAGGUUCCCUGGGGGAAAAUUUUCCUAGUCGCACCAUCGGAGAAUGAACUUCCAGGUUUGCACUGUUGAGAACCACCUGCCAUGUUUGAGCUUCAUUCCCAAGAGCAUUCCAUCCCAUUAAAAUAACGAGAGCUAGCUGUCUUCCUUCUGUCACGGCAACAAAGGGUCUUUGCUGUAACACCUCAGAGGCCAUCACAUUGGUUAAGGCCCAAGUUGUCAGAAGCAUUGGGAAUAUAUCUGUGCAUUUCUCCAAGCCUUUCCCCCAUGCCCCUUUGUGUGCCAAAGUCUGAUGUGCAUAGACCUUGGCAAAUAAGUCCUCUCUUCCCUAUAAUUUUUUCUGAUGGGAGUGACUUGUGGGCGGAGGCCCAGGGCAGAAAAUUGUAACUUGGGAAGCGGCUCUGAGCUCUGCAUUCCGAGAAACAGAGGCAGCCACCAGGAUGGGCAGUUGCCAGAAAGUGUCUGGCCAGAGGAGGAAACCAAUGAAAGGCAGCAGAGCCUGAGCUUCAAUGGCCUGCACACAAAUUCCUUUAAAUGGCAAACUGGCUGAGGAGAAAUGCCUCAGAGGGCCAGUUUAUGGGUGUGGCCCCCACAUCCCUGACCACAGCUGCUUCUCAGCUUAAACAAAAUGGCCUGAACGACAAAUUUCCCACGGGUGUCUAUAUGCCAUUUUAGAAGGAUGCCACAAUAGAACAACUCUUCUGUUGCCUUAGAGAUGCUGGCACAGCUCUACUGGCAAUGGCGCGUAACCCAUGGGUGUAGCCAGGAUUUUUGUUGCGGGGGGAAGAACCUCAGUUAGCCAUGUAUUUUUAUUGACUUGGGGGGACAGCUGCCCUUCCCUUCUCCCUCCCCCCCCUUGGCCAUGCUCAUGGCAUAGCCUAUGGUAAAGUAAUCAGAGAGCACAUUUAAUCUUGCAUCCAGAGAGGCUGGAGGGAUGUGGUCCAUCUUGUGAGGAAGAGUUGGAGAAGCGGGGUAGAUUGUAAUCUGGAGAAGAGAAGGUUAAGGAGAGACAUGAUGGCCAUCUAAUAUCUGAAGGGCUGUCAUGCAGAAGAUGAAGCAGGCUUGCUUUCCCUUGUGGCAGAGGGUAGAACUGAAUCCAGCGGGUGUGCGAUGGCAAGGAAGCGGAUUUCAGCUAAAUAUUAGGAGAAACCGACAGUAAGAGUUGCUCAGAAGUUGCUAAAGACCCUCAAUUUUCAGCAGUCCUCCUAACAACAACAACAACAACAACAACAACGAUGAUGAUGUCACUUGAGCUAUCUCUUCUUGAUUCACCAGUUGCAGGGCAGAAGUAGCUUAGUGUCACUCUAUCCUCCAGUUUUUACAUGGACAGGAACAUAUGGAAGAUGAAAUGUGCAUGGAUCCACUGGUGAUCCUGCAUACCUUUUUACAGCUCUGUACAAGUGAACUUGGCUCGCCUACCUACAGUUCACUGGGGUUUGCUAGCUAUCUGAUCAUCUGAAGCAAACCUAGGGAAAUGGUGGGUAGUUCACAAUAUGCAAGGCAGGGGUUGGGCAUGUGUUGCUGCUGCAGAAAGCUUGAGUUAUUGAUCAUCUAUUUUUAGAUACUUGGUAGGAAAGGGAGAAAGCUGAGCAAAUUGGUCUGUGAGGCCUUCGAUUUGGGCUGCAGCAGAGUCGUAAAUACAAUGUCGGCAUGCCAAGGCAAACACAACAGUAUCUCUGGGAAGGAUUACUGUAUUUCUAACCAUAAGUGCUUGCUGUCUGUAACCAAGGCAAUGAAAGACCUGGAGCAUUAAGCUAUGUAAAAAAAGGGGUGGUGGCAUGUACUUUGCUGACCCAAACCCCGCAGUUGUGUUUAUUCCUGACAUUCCCCUCUGAAUGUCACGGCACAAAGUGUGGUAAAUGAGAUCAGUAAAAUCUUAAUACUAAUAAAAGAGAUUCCUCUGACUUCACAAGGCAUGGGUAACUAGCAGCCUUUAGGCAGCUAUAGUCACCCGAUACUUUAAAGGCUCUACAUAUUAUUUUGCAUCAGCAUUGACUCAAAGAGAGGAAAGAUAAUUAAUGACACUCUUGGUCACUGUUUGUAGUCUGUUGUAAAUACAGCACGCUAUCCGUCUCCUGUUACAGUCUUGCAUCCUGAUGAAGUGGAUGCAAGAUGAAUGCACUGCAUGUUAUGGGAAGUCUAUUUUAGCAUGAGUGAAGAGAACAAAUGCAAACGAAAGAGAUUCUGUGGGACAUUUUAAAGUACAAUUUCAGGACAUCCUCAUUUAUCUGGAUGCCCUGGAGAACAAUGAAGGGAGCUUUGUCUAAAAAAGGAGCUAUUAUUUUCGUGAAGGUUACAUGAGGAACUGUAGGCACUUUCAACUACACUAUUAAUGAAUUGUUUUUGUUUGAGACGUUCAUUUUUUAUUUUACAUUAAGGCUGCAAUCGUGUACAUAGGAGUAAGUCUCACUGAACUCAGUAGGACUUCCUUCUGCGUAGGCAUGUCUAGAAGUGCACUGCCUGAACCAGAAAUUACCACUCCAUAGCAACUAUAGUUCUGUGCAUUUUGGCUGCACGUUUUGAAAAUGUUUGUUGCUUCCCCCCUUUUGGAUUAUCAGCUGGCAUUAUAGUGGAAACUGCCUUUUCUAGUGAGAGUUUUGCUAUUUAAACAGAUCUGUUUGAUUCAUUUCAGUCCCAAGGAUCUCAGAGAGCAGCUGUACUUUAGCCUCACAAUAAAGCAAUCACAUGAGGCAAAUUGGGUAAGAAAGUGAUAGGGAUUUGCCUUGUCUUCCGAGAGCCUCAUUUCAGAGCAAAGAUCUGAACUUCGUUCUCUCACACCCAAGCUGGACACUCCAAAGUUAUCUGCGUUAAUGAGUGUUUCAGGCAGAAGGCAACAGUUGGCAUCAUCUAUAUAGCCCUUGAGAUGUUUCUUGGCUAGAAUUCUCACCACCCCUGACCAUUGACCAUCUGGCUGGGGCUGAUGGGGGUUGGAGUCUGGAGGUCCACACAGGUACUCCUCCCCUUAUCUAGCAUGACUUUCUGCAUGAUUCAGGCUUUGCAAACCCACACCACCUUGUGUAAUCUUGUAAUAAGCGUUGGCUGUUACAUUUUCAGAAUUGUGCUAAGAAUGGACAUAUAAACUGACCUAGAACUGGGUAGAAUUUGCUACCCAGAAGGACAGUGUUGGUGGCAACAGAGCCAGUGGUGUUUUGCAGAGAAUUGUGUUGGUUGCCAUCUUAAGACAGUGAUGCUAACUAAGCUGCUCAGAGACCAUGUUUAUCUGUCCAUGAAACGGGAGACACUGUAUGCACUGUAUGUGUGGGAACUUUUAAGAACUAAGCAGAACCAGAGUCUCAUAAUUCUUUGUUCUGAGUCAUUUUUGAAUCCAGCUAAGCGGGAGUGGGAAUCUGCUGCUGAAUCACAGAUUAGCUGGAAUUCAGCAAUAUGUAUUGCUCCUUCUGUUAGUCCCCUAGAUGUCCCAUGUACAGCUAAACACGCUCAGUGAGAGAAUUGGAGUGAGUUUCUGCAUACCUAGGAGACCCCUGAGAUAUGCAAGAAAAUCUUGGCUUCUUGGGGAGGAAAAUACCCCAAGUUCUCGAAAAACUGGUAAGGACCAAGAGCUUACAGAAUUGCUGCUGUCGCUGAAUGUUGGCAGGAGAAAGCCCUACACAGUCACUUGGGUUUCCUCGUAAAGGGAGGGAUGGUUAGGUAUUUGUACCUCUGAGCCCAAUUCUCUUACAGGAUUCAAACAAGAUAUUUCAUGGCUCGAGCAGGCAGGCUUCAGUGGCUGUCGGUGGAGCUGACUCCAUGCAGCCAGGUUCCCUGACCCAAGUAAGGAGACCACUGUUCAAAAAUAUGUGUUUGCAUCACUUGCUGGUUCAGUUGUGCAGAUGCUCAUUCAUAUACGCAGGGGCCACAUAUCUGUUCUGCGUUGCUUUCAGUGAGAUGCAUGUGGAUCUCCUUAGUUGGAUCAGAGCAAGACAGCAGGGAUGGGAGGAUAUAGAUAUUAAAGUUUUGGUAAGCCCCACAGCAUAAAGAAGAUCAGACUUACAAAGUGAAGUAUUUAAAUGCAUCAAUGAAUUGUUCUGGUAAUAAGGAGAGGCUUCUGUUACAGCACAGGUAAUCUGCCAAUCAGCAGUGAGAACAUUAUGUGUAUCAUACAGAACAAUUUCUGCCAGUUACAAAAAUCUAGAUUUAUGCAUCCUCUAAGCCAAAAUGUGAUGUCAUUUACCUUGGGCCAGUUUGUCUCUGACAGCUCAUACUGUUCUUUUAAAACAACUAUUUUCUUUCCGCUUCUUUAUUCUGAAUAAUAGUGGAAAUUCUUGUCCAUUUUAAAGUGUUUAUUCUUUGCCCUAAAGAAAAUAAUUAAAAAUGAGAAGAAACAUUUCAGUUGAGAAAUAUAGUUUCUGUACGGUUGGUGAAAAUGACCCAACUUUUUAGUCUCAAAGGGGACAAGGCCAACUCCUGCUGUUUGAAGUUUGUGUUUUUACACCCAUUCAUUCAUUCAUUCAUUCAUACAACCAGGCCGGAUUAGUAUGCUCCAAAAGAAGGGGAGAACUAAGAAUGGAUUUAGUCUGCAUGAAUGUAGCUGGCAUAUUAAGAGGCCCUUCUUAAGAUGUGCCCCAUUGACUAGGAAGUUGAAAUUUCAGCGGGAAACCCUGUGACAUGUACAGAGACAAUAGCCUUUGAGGAAUGCUUAAAAAUCGUGGGAAUAAAGUCUUGUUUCCCACUGAAUGCCAUCUAGCUCUCUUCAUUAUUAUUUUUUAAAGAACCAUGGAGAAUUGAUGUUUAAUCUACAGGUUCAAACAAACUGUGUAUGUAGAAAAAGUAUUUGGCAUUGUAAUUUGUAAUAGUAGAGUCUGGGUUUGUGCCUUCAUUGUUAUCACCAGCUAAUUCUUUAUAGAGUUAAAAUGACUGUGGAGUUUUCACAUAUUGCUACUCUUAACAAGACUAUACUGAAGGGAUCUUACUCUCAACCCAGCUCUAGUAGGUGGAGGUUUUCCAUUCUAGUUUAAAAGUUGUGUGGAAGCUCCUUCCAUUUAAAGUAGUCCAGUCUUAAGUAAUUACAUUUCACAGGCAUAAUGGGGAUGAGAAUGGGCUUCCCUAUGGUUUGUUCGGCUUUGGUCUGAUCAGACUUUUUUAUAGCAUUGAGUACUACGAUGCCGGAUAACAUAUUUACAUGUUAAAAGUUCAGGUCCAAAUUAUGCCUCCCAUCUCUCUUGCACUGUCCAAAGUCCGUUUGGGGGGACCUAAUCCAGUCCACCGGUUGGUUUAAUCUGGCCCCUGUGGUGGUUUAUUUCCUGGGGUAAAAUCCUAAAAAAACCCCAACAACUACAACCCUAAAAAAAGGUCAGUAACUCUGGUCGGCCCUCAUGGCCCUUCACUUCAUCAAAUCUGGCCUCUUUGAAAAAAGUUAGGACACCACUGUUUUAAAGCAAUGUAUUGGAUCCAUCAUUAGUCAUACUUGGAGCAGAUCCAAGGUAUCUCCUGGUAUGCCCCACAGAGGAACUUACGGUCUUCAAAUAAAAACAUCUUGAAGGUCCCAGGCCACAGAGAGGUUAGGCUGGCCUCAACUAGAGCCAGGGCUUUCUCGGCUGCGGCUCCAACCUGGUGGAACGCUCUGUCACAGGAGACAAGGGCCCUGCAGGACUUGACAUCUUUCCGCAGGGCCUGCAACACAGAGCUGUUCCACCAGGCCUUUGGCCAGGGCGCAGCCUGACUCCCCCCUUUGGCAAUCUUUACAAAACUUUAGUUUAUGAUUGCCAUCAAUUUUGAUUUUAAUUAAUUUUUAUAAUGUUUUUAUAAUGUUGCACUAUUUUAGUGUUGUUAGCCGCCCUGAGCCCGGCUUCGGCUAGGGAGGGCGGGAUAUAAAUAAAAUUUAUUAUUAUUAUUAUUAUUAUUAUUAUUAUCCAUUGAAAUUAAUGGAUAUGACUCCUGGUAGAUAGAAGUCAUGCAUCUGAGCCUAGGUAACCACUAACAGUAGCUCUCCUGAAGAUUUCAUUGAUCAGGUAGGGAUAUAAGAGAUCAAGCAGCCCCUGAGAUAUCACGGACCCAAGUUGGAAUUAAUACAAAAACCUUGACCCUGCCAACCUGAGCCGAGCUAUUGAGUACUGUUAUGGAGUAGCUAUUGGUUCUCCCACCCCCAAUAUGUUAUGGGAAUUUUAUUCUAGAUUGCUUAUGUGGGGAAAAAUACAGAGUGUGGGCAGUUUCAACCACAGCAGAUUUCAGUGGGUUCUUACCUCUUUUGUUUCUCUCAUGCCCACAUCCCCCCCCACUCAGCUUUUUGCCUCCUAGCACCCAACAGCCAGUCUCCUUUCACAAGGAAUUUCCUGGUUUGCCGAAGGGAAUGAAGUUAGCUUUUCCACCACACAUGUCUGGGUUUUUGGCAUGGUAGUAUUUAAAUCCUAGUGAGAUAAUCCUUGCUUUGCUUGGUUCUCUGCCUUCUGCUUCCAUCCCUUUGGUUUCGUAGUUUUCCUUCUUUGUGCACAGAAAUGAUGGUGUGGUCUUUAAAAGGAAGCCCCCUUCCAGUUUAAGAAUUAUUUUAAAAUAGAUAGCUCUAUAGGAAAAGGGUGAGGGAGGGGGGUUAAAUAUAUAUAUGACCAAAAUCCUCUGACUUUGUAGAGUUUCCAAACACUUGGCUAGUCUGAGCUGGGAGGCAGAGGGUGGGGUCUGUCUCUUUCAAAGGAUAUGUAAGGGCACGUCACUGCUAAUGUUCCACUGGAAAAGAAAUGAGCGCCCCAUGGAGUUCUGGAAAUGUGAUAUGGUAGCUUGGUUGCCUCUCUCCUGCUUGCGAUAACUGCUUCAUCUGGAGUUGUACUAAUGUGUGUUGCUCCCUGGUCGCUGUCCGUCAUGUGCCUUUAUGAGCUUACACCUCCUUCACAGCAAGGCUGCAUAGAAUCAGUCGGCUGGUGAUCUCAUAAAUUCCUCAAGUCUGCAGCAGGAUCAUCGGCCCUUUGGCACACUAACCUACCUAAGCCAGAGGAUAGUGUGCCAAAAGCAAAGCAACAGAGCAGACAUCUCCUAUCAGCACUUGGUAGCCCAGGUAAAAGCAUAGUGUUUUAGAUAUUACAAUACUGUUUCUCUUGUGCCACAACCUUUGGGCAUAUUCUGAUAGGGACCCGGGAUUUCUGAGUAUGUGUACAUUCAGAUGUGCGUGAGGAUCAGGGUAGAAUGUGCUGGUGUGUGUGUGUGUGUGUGUGUGUGAGAGAGAGAGAGAGAGAGAGAGAGAGAGAGAGAGAGCGCAGUGUGAGAAAGCAAGCAACAAAAAUGAAAUCCAACUCCACCCUGAAAUCUGUUUUGGGUUUUGUAAAGCUUGUUCACAGGCCUUUUAAAUGAAUAACAAUCCUGUAGGCACACAAACAAGCCAAGAGCCCAACCUUCACCCAGACUAGCACCACUUAGCAUGUGUUGUUAAUUAAUGGACAUUGUUCAGAACGAAGAUCCUUGGUGAGCGUUCAUAUGGUCUGCUGGAAGGGACAGCCAUAAAAUUCCAAGGGAGGAAUUCAGCAAUGCACUCUUCCGCUCUUCCCAUCAGGGCAAACAUUUCUGCUUGCCAGGUGGAAUGAAGCCCCUCUCCUCUUGCCAUGUGCUGUUCUGGGGGUUCUCCUCACCCUCCAGAGGCAAUCUGAGCGGGUUGGCACAGGGGGCAAACGGGGGGAGGAGAGGAGAAGCCCCAUUGCACUAGUAGAAUCCCUUGUAUUGACAUCCACCAGCAUGCUGGCUUAGUUCAGUCUGGCCCUGAGUGUUUGCACACGUAAUGUCCUGAUUCUUGCAGGGUGGUGGCACUUCUUUGUGUGGGCUCCAUGUGACAAGCUGCUUGUAUGCAGUGCUUCUCUUGUGCUGCCAUGGCAAGGUCAACCUUCCCAGUGUGGCUUCUCUUUGGGGGACCAGAGGAGGAGGGAUAUUCCACGGGCAUGGCUUGCCACAGGUGCAUCCAUGAAAUUGCAUUUCCAAGUGUGGUAAGCUCCAUAUUUGAAAGAGGCCAAGGCAGUCUUGCAUGGUUUCUCCAUCCCAUGUGAUGGGAUAAAGGUGCUGCUACAGGGAUUGCCACAUUCUGAUGCAAGUGAAGUAAUGCCAUCUAAUGUAAAUGAAUCGCUUAAUAUCAGGGUCAUGGAUUGGAGCCCCACAUUGGGCAAAAGAUUCCUGCAUUGCUAGAUGACCGCCAUGGUACCUUCCAAGUCUAAAAUUCUGUGAUUCUGUGAGGUAACCAUCUGUAAGAAUAUUAAGUCUGGAGUCUUACAGGAUCAGCAGCAGCAGGCUCUUGUCACCAGUUCCUUCUGCAGUAAAGAUACAGAAUAUCUGAAACCAGAAUAUCUGUUUGUUUCCUAACUGAUCCCCAUCUUUUUGCUGCAAAGAGAGUAUAAAUUAGAGUAAGAGAAAAGGAUUGGCGUGCUUUCGCAGGAUCAUUCAUGAACCCUCAGUCAUCCCUGGACUGCAUCACAGUCUUGAGUGAGUGAAACAUCUGGAACCUAAUAAACCUAUUGGCUAUAUGCCUGCCACACCUUUAAAAUUAGACUGGCAUUGCCUGGUUCAUCUUGGAAGUGAAUCUGAGUUGUCGUGCCAAAAGAGAAAAUGCAACUGGCAUGAUUUUCCCGCCUAAAGCAAAAGACCUUAAUAAUCUUUUUUAAAAAGGGGGGAAGCAUUAUGGUUGAGGGUGCAUUUUUUAAAAGUUCUAUUGUUUGAGGCUGAUAAACUUCACCACUGCAUAUUCAGAUCCUCCCGCUUUGUAAUGUAGAGUGAAACAAAGGCAGGCAGCUCUCUGGAAGAGUGAAUUGAGAGACUUGCUUUUCUCCUGCCCAGGCCAACAUUUUUCCACACUCUGCUGCUUCCAGACAACUUGGCAGGGCUAGUGGGCUCAGUGACUGGCAGCCUCUGCCCUGGAGAUGCACAGGAAUGAAGUGGCCGGGCAUUCAGAACUCAGCACCUUCUCAGGGCUCCUGCCAAGGCUGGGAAGCCAUCACUCUUUAUUUGCAUUAAAAACACAUCAUCCAGUUUUUGGGUGGGGGGUGGAAUAUCUUACUGCCAAAUAAAGCACACGGGUGGAAUUAUUGUUGGCCAAAGUGUUCUGCAAAGAGAUCCCUCCGAUCUCCCCUCACGAAACUCUUUGAGAACGGUUUGUACUUGAUAGGAACGUUUGGCCUUCUGUGAUAAUGGUUGUGUUUUGCCUGAGGGUUGCAAGAGUAAUGACGAACACACUGGUUUCUUAGGUUUGUACUUUGCAAGUGUCUCAUAGCUCUAAGUAAAGACACAUCAGCAAAGCCUUUUAUUGAUGAUCUUGGUGCAGCUCCUGCAGGCAAUUUUAGCUCAGCAUUUACAUGAUCAAAAUGCCAUCCUGCAACAACAUUGAGAUUUAGGGCACUGCUCAAACAAGGUGUUUGUUUUGCGCUGUCCACAAACACUGUCUUCAUCAAAAUGCCAUCCCAAUCUGCAAAUUCAAUCUGGAUUUACCAUUUCCAUGGAAAAUCCACUGAAGUAAAAUGUGGAACUGAGAAAUCUGGCUUCAAGGGAGGGGGCAGGAAAUUGAGGGACAUUUUGAUGUGUGCGAUAUUGUGCGGACAAUGUGAAAAACUUUCAUGUUUGAGUAGCACUAAAUUCACAGUAAACUCUGAUGUGGAAGUGAGCUUAAUCUCAAUACCGUUGUGGCAAACCACUUUCUAGAAGCUGUUUCAUUUUCUUUAAAUAUAUAAAAAAAUCAUCAGGUUGGAAGCCCAUCCCAUAACCCUCUUGUAUAAUAACCACCCUGUUUAAUAUUUCUGUGACUAAGGCAGCUCAAGGAACAAUCCUCAACUCCCACAAAUGGCAGAUGAAGGGGUUCAUAGGAUCCUGUGGACUUCCUCUCUGUCGACAGAAGGGGAGGUAGGUUAGGUUAAGAGACAGUGACUGGCCUAAGGUCACCCAGUGAGCUUCAUGGUUCAGCAGGGAUUUGAACCCUGAUCUCCCAGUCCAGUGCUUUUAAGCUGCUACCAUGAUGCUUGCAUGAGUUUUUAAAGCGGUCAGAGAGCACCAGAACAGAACAAUGUCUGCAUCCUUUAAGCAAACAAACAAAAAUAAAAAGACUCUAAAGCCAUAAUGUUUCUAUCUGUGGCGGGAUCUGCACAGCUCUGGUUCUCACAGAAUCUCCUGCUUUCCACAGAUUUGUGACACACAAUGCUUCAGUAGUUUUCCUCCUUGACAGUACAAUACAAUAGGCACUUUAUUCCAGGGAUGGGGGAUGAGGGAAGCGGAAGAUAAAAAAGAACCGACAUAGAACUGCCUGCCAGAUUCCCGACUAGAGAUGUCCAUUGUCAGCCUCCACAACACAGCAUGUGCUUCUCUCUGUUGAUACCCUGUCCCUGCUUUAUGACUUGGGGCGUUUUUGCCUCCUCCUUUCUGUGUCAAGUCCACGCAAGUUACUAGCUCACAAGGUUUAAUGGGCCGGUGGCGCACUGGUGGAAGGAACUCUCUUAACUUAUUAAAGCUUUCUUGCUGGCUCACCCAAGAGGUUGUUCUUAUUUGCCAUGUUGAGAAUCAGACCUCAAUUCUUCAACUUCAUUAGGGGAUACUAUGCCACUCAUUCUCUCUAUGCCUAGCCUACCUCACAGGGUGGUUGUGAGGAUGAAAUGAGGAGAAAACUACAUACAGUGGUACCUCGGGUUAAGAACUUAAUUCGUUCUGGAGGUCCGUUCUUAACCUGAAACUGUUCUUAACCUGAAGCACCACUUUAGCUAAAAGGGCCUCCUGCUGCCGUCGGGCCGCCGGAGCACGAUUUCUGUUCUCAUCCUGAAGCAAAGUUCUUAACCUGAGGUACUGUUUCUGGGUUAGCGGAGUCUGUAACCUGAAGCGUAUGUAACCUGAAGCAUAUGUGACCCGAGGUACCACUGUGCAGCACUCUGAGGAACUUGGGCAGUGUGUGUGUGUGUUUAGAAAACAACUGGGUUUUGUGUGGCUGGAAUGUCACCAUUUUACAAAGCAAAGAGUCGUAUCUGCUGCUAUCGUCACUGGCCCCUAGCAGGUUACUCAUGAAAGGACUGCGGCCCUCAGACUGCCAAUUCCUUUGGACUUAAAGCCAUGCAUAUGGAGAAAGGGAGGCAAACGGUAUUAGAGACAGACCAUUCCUUCUGCCUUUAAAUUUUUAUUAUUAAUAAUAAUCUUGGGAAAUUAGUCACUUGCUUAAGCUUCUGCUUGAGAGGCUUACAUCAUCCUUUUUUUGUUUGGGCUCUUACUGCUCCUCCCUCCUUUUUCCUGUUACUGUCUAAACAUGAGUGAGAUAAUUGGAUGACCUGUUUAGGGUAGUUUAGAAACGGCUCCUAAUAGAAACGAGCAGGCAUUUCUCCUUUACUCAGAGGUGAUAGUUUCCUUGGUAGCUAUAAUAAUAAACUCUCUGUGUACGUAGGUGGCAGUAGUUGGGGAGGCGGGGGCAGAGGAAGAAAAGUUAAUCAUUCUGGUAUAUGAUAGCUCAAUGUACACAAGUGUACGUGCCUGGGAGCCUUUCCCCCGCCUCCUGCUAUGACAAAAAGAUUCUGGUGAAAGAAUGGAUGCUGAAGUUGUUUUCUGAUGAAUAAUUGUUGUCUGGGGGAGAGGCAGACUAAGGGUGCUAGGGUUUUUUGGGUUUUUUGUGGCCAGUUUUGUUAGCCUUUAAAGAAGGCAUUGUACACAAUCUCAUGGUGCUGCAUUAGUUAUCAUCUCUCUGUUUGCUCCAUGGCUGCGCACCCACCCACCUACCACUGUCUUGCAAUGGACGUCAUUCGCCCUGUUUACUUUAUGAGGCCGGAUGGAAUACUCCCUGCGUUCCCACCCCUGCCUCUGCCUGGCCUCUUUCCCUUUGGCAUUUUAAAGCUGUCACUUCAUAUCCUUCUUGAAUGUUUCUUUCAUCUCCUCGCCCUGAUUUUUAUUUUAAUGAGUAAUUAAAAAAAUAUAGCAGGCUCCUGUUUUUAUAUAGCUACUUUUGUGGCCUAACAACCCACAUCAUGGUGUCGUUUCAUGGAGGAGUAUGCUGGAAGAGAGCUGCUGCUCAGUGGUUAGAGCAUCUGCUUUGUGGUCCCCGAUUCAAUCCCUGGCCUCGCCAGGUAAGGCUGGGAGGACCUGCUGCUGGCCAGUGUCAACAGCACUGAUCUAGCUUGAACAGUGCCCUGACUCAGUACACUGGUACCUCAGGUUACAGACGCUUCAGGUUACAGACUCUGCUAACCCAGAAAUAGUACCUCGGGUUAAGAACUUUGCUUCAGGAUGAGAACAGAAAUUGUGCGGCGGCGGCAGCAGGAGGCCCCAUUAGCUAAAGUGGUGCUUCAGGUUAAGAACAGUUUCAGGUUAAGAACGGACCUCCGGAACGAAUUAAGUUCUUAACCCGAGGUACCACUGUAUAAGGCAUCUUCCUGUAUUGUAUAUUGUAGCAACCUAAACAUCAAAAGAAACAGAGGCUUCAAAGGAUGGGAGCCCCACACAGAAUGAUGCAAAAUAACUUGCCAUGUGACUGAUCAGUGCUAACAGUUCUGAGGAAAUGGAGGGAAAGUGUUUUUUUCCAAUAACUGUCACUCUUGUAUUUAUGUAGCUUGCUUGCCACAGGUAUCCAGGAAUUCCAUGCAGGUGAGUGAGCGGGCAGGAUCCCCCAUCCCUGACUAGUUGUCUUAGUUUCUAUGCGAGCUGCAGAUACAGUAAAGUCUUUCUUUAUUCAUAGCUAGUGAGAAGCUGCAGCAAGGUGGCAGCAAGGGAGCACCCCUACCCCUUCCCAUCUCCAUCGGUCCACUUUGUAGCCUAUUAAAAGGACUAGCGAUCCUGCAUUUCCAUUCUGGCUGCAGAGGAGGGGGCUCUCCCCUACACUCUCCAUGCCCAACACAGAACUGCACAGCCCAGACGACUCGCCUCCUAGCAAGCUAAUAACAUUUGCAGCCCAGUAACUUGUGGGCUUACUUAAAAAAACUGUUCUAACUUUCUUUAUUUACCCCGUUCUUUAGCAGGAUAAAAGGCUCCUGGAGCUGUGUACAAGUACAGACAGUCCCUGCCCUCAGGUUUAUAAUCUAAAAUGUAUGACAGGCAAGGAAAAAGCAGUGGGGAGGGAGGAGGAAAAGGUAAGCUCAGGUUCCAGUAUAUAUGUUUGCAUUAAUUUUGAGCAUCUUUAACAUUUCAUGGGAACAGUGGCUCCCAGCUUGUGAUGCCUGGUAAACCAGUCCAGCAAAGUGAAGCCAUUUUAGCUCACUGGCCAAGUCCUGGUCAAAGGAAAAGAGGGAAGACUCUUAUUGAUUCCUGUUUAUUGGCAUUCAUGGUUCUUUUUUCCUGGCACCCAAAAUUAUUACUGACAUUUUGUCUUAUUCCCCCCCCUUCUGUCUUCGGUGCAUUUGUUCUAAUUAAAAGCUGGAAACCUGAAUGGUUCUGCUUGACUACUCAAACUAAAUGUUUGCUUCCUGUUCACCCAGCUGUAAAUCAGAGACCUGGCAUGUUAGGUUUUGGAUAAGUCAAAAGUAGUUAGGCUUGGUGCUUUAACUAGUUGUAGCACCUCCCCAUAAAACGCAGGCAGGAGAAAGUGGUGUACUAUAUAUACAUCUGGUCGAGGGUAAAACUUUGAAAAAGAGAAAGAUUUCAACAGAUGGGUAAGUUUUCAAGUGACAGUUAUCAUAGAGCAGAUCUAUGCUUCGGGUGUGAAUUUGGUUGCUACACAGGAGUAAAUAGAUACCCCUAGCACAGGGGCGGGGAAGCAGUUGCCUUCCAAAUGAUGUUGGACUGAAAUUCCCAUCUGUUCUAGCCAGCACGGCAGAUUGUCAGGGGUCACUCAUCUGUGAUAUCUAGCCCUCCUAGAGAAACAGAUUUCCCAGGCUCUGCUCUCACCUGAUACCUUCUAUGCAAUUGGGUGUUCCUUUAUCACAUAUUAAUCGUGGCUCAUAUCUUCCUAGUCCGCCAGUCUUUUUGGAAAGACAGAUUUGGCUAAAUACAUUUUUAUCUGCUUAUACAGUCCUGUUUAACUCACAUGAUAGCAUCUUUAUUUGUUCAUAUGUGUUUGUCUCAAAGCUGGAUAUGAUCUUUGUUAAUUUGUGUUGAUUCAUUCUUCUGGAUUCAUUUUGCCUUGUAUCCUGUUGAUAAACCCAAUAACAAAGAAUUAGGAUUUUUUGGCUGGCAAGCUUCAAUUGACCAUAUUAGUUGAGCUUUUGUUGAGUAGUCCAAGGCGGCCAGUUUUCAUUUGUUGAGAGAACAUAUUUUAAUCAGUAGUAGUAUGAGUGUAAAGAUAAACCAACUUAGUUGUUCUAUACUAUCUUUGGUUCUGGUUCUUGCAAUAGUGAAUAAAGCAUUUAAUCUUGAACAUAGCUUCUUACCCUUCUCAAGAAGACACCUGUGUUGAUAUUUUGAUAAUAUGCAAAUUUAUUUAAAUGUAGCUAUGUUAUCAGUGAAAAGUCUGAUUAAAAUCUCUCUUGAUUAGCUGACAGCCCUACUUAGAACGUAUUUUGUUAUUUGUGGUGCUCUCUCAAGCUUUCUCUCCCCUGCCCCAUCAAAUCAGCAUAAUUUCACCUUCAAAUAAGAAUACUUAUUAAUUAAAGGCAACAGAAAUGCAGGUUGUUGGGUUUUUAAAAAAUAAAUAAAUAAAUCUAUAUUUGAGGCUCAUACAGUCAUUCCAGAUUGACUUGACUUUAUUCAGCAUGCUAAUCAACCAUGUAGUACCUUAUUUUAAGAUACAUUAAACUUUAAAAAAAUUACUUCGCAAAUCCACUCCCUGCCCUUGUUUGAAUGAGUAAAUAAUAAAUCCUUCUAGUACUGUUAGAAACUAGUUCUGAUUUGUGUUUGAGGCACGGAGAGAGAGACUGGAGCUUCAUCCUCUGCUGUCAAAGUUUGGCUUUUUCCGAAAAGGAAAACUGCUUUCUCCUUCGUAUAAACUGUCUGCUGUUAAAAUGACUUUCCAGAAGCCACCAACCAUCAGCUUGUUUAGGAUGGGCUAUAACCAUUCAUUGCUAUGUCUAUGUGUUUUUUGCACUACGUAUACAUUUUCCUCAGAGAGAAGAGAACUCUUGCAAUUCAUCUACAGCUAUCUGGCUCCUCUGGAGCACAGGACUGGGCAGUCUAAUGGCUGCCAGCAUGCUUUGCUUAGGACCACGUGAGCCAAGAAGUAAAGCGUUCUGGGCCUUUGUGAAGGCGUCCAAGAAUGACAGCCUAUACAGCUUGUCUGCUUCCCACUGACUGCCUAGUUUGGCUGACAGCUUCAGUACCGAAUGUGCCAGACAGCCAUGUAUACAGAAAGAAAGAGAGCGAGAGACAGGCAAAGCAUGUUUUGUCUGUGAAUGGAAACGGCAUAUUUUUAAAAAGAGGUAUGGGUUGGCUCAUGUUAUGAAGUUGCAGAACCAUAUGCAGAGCUGGGGUGCUGCUCUGUAAUGGUGGAUGCAGAGUUAGGCCCAGUGCUCGCAUUACUCUAGUGGGAUGGGAACCUUCAGCGGUGCACAGCUCCUUCCUGAGAAGCCUGAGACCAUGCAGGGAGAACCUGGUCCAAAGCUCCUCCCCAUGGCAGGGUUAACCCAUGCUCCUGAAACAUGAGGCUGGCAUGGACAAGCCACAUUGCGGCCCUUUCUGUAGGAUCUAGGGGUGUCUCUUAAUCCCAUGGUGGCUCAGGAAGCAGUGGGGCUGCAGGGCUAUCAAGAUAAUCUUGCUGGGGGCCUUUCAACCUGGGAAGGUAGCCCAUCUAGGAGAAGGAAAGCUCUGAUCCUAAACCUCCACAGCCUUGCAGGACAUCUUUGGAAGAAGAAAAGGCUCAGGAAUACAAAUCUUGUAUGCCCCUUUUCAGCAAUUCUGCAGCCAAUCUGGUGCCAGAUGUAUUGCUUUGCUUUACUUCGAACCACAUCAUCAAGGCCAGGAGGGCAUCUUGUUGUCUAGGCAGACCAGGACCUCCAUGCACCCUGCCCAGGCUUGUGCCCCAAGGAAGUCACUUUGGUGCUGCUAAUGCAGUGGUUUGACUUCAUCCCCGGAGGCACACUCCAUUGUGUUUCGAGAUACAGUGGUACCUCGGGGUACAGACGCUUCAGGUUACAGACUCCGCUAACCCAGAAAUAGUACCUCAGGUUGAGAACUUUGCUUCAGGAUGAGAACAGAAAUCGCACAGCGGCAGCAGGAGGCCCCAUUAGCUAAAGUGGUACCUCAGGUUAAGAACAGUUUCAGGUAAAGAACGGACCUCCAGAAUGAAUUAAGUUCUUAACCCGAGGUACCACUGUAGAUGGAUGCCAACAAUAGCAAGGACCUUAGUUUUGGUUUUGACAGAUGAAGCUUUAAAUCUCAGCUUGUACAAAGGCUUUCUGGGUAGCCAAAAGAGUGUUGUGUCUCUGCUUCUCUAUUCUGCAUCUUUACAAUUAGGGUGUGUGUGUGUACAGAACCAUGGACAUACUUUUUUAGUGGCAUGUUUUCAAAUCUUUAAAACAAACAGAACAAAACUUUUUUAAAAAGAGAGCAGAAUUAGUUACAUUUUAAAAUCAUCCAAAAGCCAUGUAGAAAGAAAAAGGUUUUAACGGCCCACUUAAAAUGAAGCAAAGUGGAAACCACUCCCUAAGGAGAGAGUGGUUUCCACUUUGCUUCAUUUUGCUUCAUUCCCAAGGAAAGAGUUCCAUAGUUGGAGGAAUCACCACAGAAAAGGCCCUGUCCCGUCUUCCUCGGCAAUUUAGUCUCUCUUGGCAAUGAGGCAUCAGCAGGUUGUCCAAAGCAGAUGUUAAGCUGCCAGAUUUUCCUUUUCCAGGACAUUUGCAUGCUAACCCUUGCAACAGUCCAGUGAAGUAGUUUUUUAAUAGUUUCCAUUUUCUAGAAGGCAAACUGAGGUUGAGGCAAAACUGACUGAGCAAACAUUUGAACCUGGGUUUCAUUCCAGCAUGCUUAUCCCUUUUAUUGCUAUUAAAUAACUUAGCAGUUUUAUGCAAUAUUUACAGCAUGCCACAUGAAGUAGUAGAGAUUUACCUUCCAUUUAUUCCUUUCAACACAUGAUUUAACACUUCUCAUACUUGAGUUUAAAGGCAGCAAACCUCAUUGUUCCCUAGGAAAAUUUUCACAAAAGAGGCAUACCUUUCUCAAGGUUUUUCAAGACCAGACUGAGGUUGCAGUUUAGCAAAUUCAGAUUCCUGGUCUCCUUUACACAUGAUGAAUAGGCGCCAUGGCUUAGCUGGUUAAAGUGCCUGUCUAGUAAACAGGAGAUCCUGGGUUCGAACCAGCGGUGCCUUGAGAGUUCCUUUCAUUACUGGGACGCGGGUGGCACUGUGGGUUAAACCACUGAGCUUAGGGCUUGCCGAUCAGAAGGUCGGCGGUUCGAAUCCCCACAAAGGGGUGAGCUCCCGUUGCUCGGUCCCAGCUCCUGCCCACCUAGCAGUUCGAAAGCACGUCAAAGUGCAAAUAGAUACAUAGGCACCGCUCUGGCGGGAAGGUAAACGGUGUUUCCAUGCACUGCUCUGGUUCGCCAGAAGUAGAUUAGUCAUGCUGGCCACAUGACCCGGAAGCUGUAUUCUGGCUCCCUCUGCCAGUAAAGUGAGAUGAGCGGCGCAACCCCAGAGUCAUCUGCGACUGGACCUAACGGUCAGGGGUCCCUUUACCUUUACCUAUACACAUGAUGAAAUCCUUGGUUAUAAAUGUAGAACAGAGAUUUUUUGGCCUGCAUUUGAACUGGUAUUUCAGGACCGGAAUCCUAACUCCUAACUUCCAGGGCCCCAUCACACCCCCACAGAGGAUAUAAAAGAUUAUGUAUAUUUAGACAAAUUGACUCUUACCAUAAAGCAGGGAUUUUACACCCUAAAUCCAUGUCUCUCCAGAUGUUACUGGACUUCAAUUCUCAUCAGCCCCAGCCAUCAUAAUCAGGAAUGAUAGGAGUUGUAGUCUAAUGAGGUCUGGAAGCCCAAAGGUUCCCCAGCCUGCCAUAAAGAAGCCUAUACUCUUAUUGUACCCCAACUUCUUUCUCUCUGUUUUUUAAGGAUAUGAGGCAAUUGAAAGUGAUGGGGGAGUGAAGGCUGCCAUUUUGACUUUUGGCUUCAGGUGUGACAAUGUCCAUGGCUGCUGUCAUUGUGUUUUUAAUGCCGCAUUUGUGCAAUGACCCCCCCCCCCUUACUUGCACCAAGCAUUCUUACUUCUUUAAAGAACCUGAGUGUGUCUGAGACGGAAUAUGUUGUGCUGAAGUUCUCUCCUCUGUUUUCUCUGCAGAAUCUUAUGGCAAGAGCUCUCUACGAUAAUGUUCCAGAAUGUGCAGAGGAGCUGGCUUUCCGCAAAGGAGACAUUUUGACCGUGAUAGAACAGAACACGGAAGGGCUGGAAGGAUGGUGGCUUUGCUCCUUACAUGGGCGGCAAGGCAUUGUCCCGGGCAACCGUGUGAAACUUCUCAUCGGCCCUGUGCAGGAGAGUCCCUCUAACCAAGACAUGGCCAAUUCGGGAUCUGUACACCAACCCUUUAACCAGCCAAAGAUCUACCAAGUACCUAGUGCUCAUGCUUCUCCUCGGGAUCCGGUCUACCAAGUGCCUCCUUCUUACCACAGCCAGGGGAUCUACCAGGUACCCACCGGCCAUGGUUUUCAGGGCCAAGAUGUCUACCAAGUGCCUCCAUCUGGGCAAAGGAGUUUUGGCGGAAUGGAUACCUCCCCUAUAAGCAACAAGGUGGGUCAAAAAUAUCUUGAGGCAUCUGUUUCAAAACUGUUUCCUUUGGCUGUUUAGUUUUGGGAUAGGGAAGGUACCUGAACGUGGUGGACUUUGACCCUCAAAAAAUAGAUAAAGCCUCAGUUAGUCUGGUUUUUUUUUCUACCACCAGUGAUAAUGAGAUUAUCUAUUUUUUAUUUAUACAUUUUCCAACAUUAUAUAUAUGUCAGCAUCGCCCUUGAGCCAGUGCCACCGACUGGACUCAUCCACUUCAGCCCCAACUGGGCCAGGCGACCUGGGGUAGCACUUCCAGAGACCACCUUUUGCACAGGAACAGGUCAAAGUGCUGUGGAUUCACUGAGUUGUGAGCACCAGAUUCACUCCCGAAGACAGUCGUUGCACAGCAGAGUAUAGCAGAGCAUAAACCACUCGGAGAACAGCUCUGUAGAAUAACUACUUUUAUUCUAUCUACAACUAUCAUACAAACUAUAAACAGAGCUAAAUGGAGAAGCUGAACUGCACUGAGUGUCUGCAGCUGCUCUUAGCAGCAACCUUAUCUAUACAGAGAUAACACACUCUCUCUCUCUAACACUCAGUCUCUCUCUUUGAUGUGAGGCUGGAGCGGAAUAAGUAGUGAGCAGAAACCGCCCCCUCCUCUCUGGAGAAUCAGCAGAGAACAUCAGCAGAUUCUUGGAAUGGGAGGGGUGAAAUCUCCUUUUUUUCUACCACCAGUGAUGAUGAGAUUAUCUAUUUUUUAUUUAUACAUUUUCCAACAUUAUAUAUAUACAUCUUACAAUUGCCUUUGAUCAACUCAUAUCUCAAGACUUCCCAGUCCACCCCUCCAUGGCAUCUUAUUUGAUCCUGCUAGUUGUGCUACAUAUCCUUUUAUUCCAUCCAGUUUCAUUCUAUACUAUUCCUAGUUGUUAUUAACUGCUGUUCACAAAUCAAACCCUACUUGGAGGUUUAUUUGACUAUUGUACCUCUUUAGAUACCCUCCAAAAUGUUCCCACUCCUCCCUUAUCAGUGUCUCAUCUCAAUUUCUUAUGUUUGCUGUCAUAGUAACUAACCCCACAUACUCUAUUAUCUGAUCUUGCCACUGUUCUUUUGUUGGGAUUUCUUUGUCCUUCCAUUGUUGUGCAUAGAUUAUUCUAGCCACUGUGGUCGCAUAGAAAUAGGCAGAGUACCUUCUUGGAGAUUUCACCCUUUGUUAUACCUAAUAAAAAGUUCUCUUUUUUUGGAAAUAUAAACCUAAACAUCUUUUUAAAUUCUGUAUAGAUUGUCAACUACUGGUCCUAAGCAAGACAGAAGCUUGAGUCCUACAGACUCAACUCGUUCUAUUAUCCCCUGUAGAUAACAGAUAAUAGAACGAGUUGAGUCUGUAGGACUCAAGCUUCUGUCUUGCUUAGGACCAGUAGCUGAGCCAACUUUUGGUCAGCUUGGAUAUUUGUCCCUCAUUGAAGUGGUCCCAUAUAGUCCCUGACACCGCAUACUAGGAGAAGUUCCUUCUCUUCCAUACUGUGACACAAGAAGAAUCCAGCACUGAUGGAUUCUGAGAAAAUGGUAAAUGAAGAAUCCCUGAUUGGUUGCUAGUAAGCUUGCAGGCUUUAUUUGGCUUAUUUAUUUGGCUAAUCAACUAAAGUUAGAGUUUAUUAAUUGGUGGUCUCUGGUGAAAGUGUAAAAGCUUUAAGCAACCUAAAUUCUUGUGCACGGGGGCUACAAAAUGUGAUACAGUGGUACCUCGGGUUACAUAGGCUUCAGGUUACAGACUCCGCUAACCCAGAAAUAGUACCUCAGGUUAAGAACUUUGCUUCAGGAUGAGAACAGAAAUCGUGCUCCGGCGGUGCAGCGGCAGCAGGAGGCCCCAUUAGCUAAAGUGGUGCUUCAGGUUAAGAACAGUUUCAGGUUAAGAAUGGACCUCCAGAAUGAAUUAAGUACUUAACCUGAGGUACCACUGUACUCACUAUUUCUCAUGCGGUCACCAAUAGACCUCUGUUCUGUUAGGCAGCUUUGUCUAUUAUUAAAACCAUGCAAGUGCCAACAUUAUGUAAAGGCAGCUUUUUGUUUAAUGAGUUUACAGGAUGUAUUUUAAGAAAUGGCGCCAGAUGUGACAACAGUGCCCGACAAGGAGAAACAGGAAAUCUAGGUAAUCUUUGAUUUGAAAGGGUGACUCAAAUAUUAAACCUAGAGCAAAUAAAAGUGACACUUGACAUCUCUCUGCAGGGUUGCGUGCCCAUUGCAUGAGUCAAGGCAAUUGCUUCUUGAAAGUUAGUGGAAGGCCUGCUCUAUAAAAAAAAUCCUUUGCAUUUCAUCUGAUAUGGAGCAGCUGGAAGGCAGGGCUAUCAGUAAAUCCUCUGUAAUAUUUAGAGCUCGUUGCUGAGCCCUUAUAAAUGUGUCUCGGUGAUGUACAGCAGACAGGGAUACUCGAGCAGGAAGUGCAUGUCUGGAAGGUGCCACGGUUUAAUCUUUCAUUGCAGUUGAUGUUGGCAGGAAUUCUGGCUCUUUCCUUUUAAAACUAAAGCUGCGAUCCUUCUAGCUUGUCCUCGAUUCACGCCCCAUUCACUUUAAGGUAAUGACAGGCAGAUAAGUCUAUUUCCAGCCUGUGUCAGUUUUGCAUGAGUUCAUUCAUAAAACUGCUCUCUUAUUUUUGCAUCCAUCUACAAUUUUCUUUUAAAAAACAUGGGGAUCUGCAUUAUCUUUGAAUGCAUUUUCCACAAAAGACAUAUGUUUUCUCCAAAAAUAUGCAUUUGUGUAUGCAUUUUAACCUGCUUUAUGCAUUAAAACACACAUUUCUAUAUAUGCAUUUUGGUGCUUUUUUAAAAAACCCAAGACUGCAAAUUCAGAGCAGUGUAAAAACUGAACGCUAACUGCUUUCUGAUCGAUGCAUUAGUUUGGGAAGUGUGAAUCAGGUCAGUUGACUUUUUUAAAAAGCCAAACAAAAUUGUUCAGCAUCCUCACUUUUAGGUUGCUCUAACUAGCAGGAGCUUGUGUGGACUCUUAUUUUCCAUUGGGACUCUUUAGGAACAUUUUCCUGGUAUUCUGUUUAUUAGUUUUGGUGUGUUCCCCAUCCCUUCAUAAAGAUCAGGGUUUCUAAUGGCAGAGAAGGAGUACUAAAUGAAUUCAUUCACAUAUUACUCGAAAGCAGAAUUGCAAAAGCUAUUAGUCCAGCUGCCCACCAAGAUUUGUAACUGUCUUAUAUACAGCAUUAGCUUUUGGAAAGCUUCCCUGCCCAGUUAGUUGGAGACUAGAUACGUGACUGUUUACAAGCUUAGUCUAAAGGGAUGUGCUUUGUUACUGGUUUGAAUCCUUCUUGAAAGAAAAGUAGUUUUGGGUGGGUGGGAUUAUGCAAGCAGAUGAGAUACCACUGAACGUGCUACUGAGAUUAGUUCCAUCAGACCUGCACAAUGUGUAAGCUCUCUGUCAGGUGCUUGAUCGGAUCCUGAAGCAAAUGUCAUAGUCAUGUCUCACUUCACUCUGGACGCCACUCCACAACAAAAUGCCUUCAUCUGCCCCAGCUGCAACAAAACAUGUCUCUUGCAUAUUGGUCUCUACAGCCACAGCAGGCGCUGUAACCUUCCAGCAGUUUUUCACCUCCAGAGGUGCACUGCUCCAUCAUCUCCCAAGGCAGACAGGUGCAAACAAUUCCACUCUGCCGUUCAGCUUUCUUAACUCAGCUGUGCCCUGUAGCACCUGUAUGCCACAGUCAGCAGCAGAGCAUGGUUGCUGUUGCCCAGCCAGGGAAAGUGGCACAUAUCAGAAGAUUGCCCAGAUAGGUCAAAGGGAGAGAAAUAGUCUGCACAGAGAAGACUAGUGCCUCCAGAUGUCUCUUCUUCCAUCUCACAGGAGGUACCCAACAGUGAACUUGGAGCUUGCUUGCUUCCUUGAUGGGACUCAAAAGCAGAGAUAGACUCAAAGAAGGCCAAAAGAUGGACCAAGAGACAACCGUUGCAGACUUUGUGGAGCAAGAUCCCCUGAAUGAAGGGAUCCUGUUUGAUAUGCAAGGAUGGCUGCCGUGUGACAGCAAUACUGGAUCCUUGUAGGCUGAAAUGAAGAGCCUGUGACCUUCCAGAUGUUGCUGGACUCCAACUUCCACCAGUCCCAGUCCAGAUGGCCAAUGGUCAUUGGUGGUGGGAGCUGUGGUCUAACAACGCCUGGAGGACGUAGGCAAGAUGAGUCUAAGCACUGAUCUCUCACACUGUGAAUGGUUCAAAGCCAGGUGGCUUAUGAAGUCCUUUGUGCGCUGCUAUAUGUGGCUGCUGAAAUGUGUCCAGUUUAAUGAGUUGCAGAUUGCUUGAUUAGAAAUGGUGUAGAUAAAUUAGGAUCUUUAUCACAGCGGUUAUCUUGGGUGUUGUUCUGUUGCCUAUACCACCAUUUUCCAUGCCUGAAGAACUGGAAAUAUCCACUCUAGGGCUUUUGGCAUUGAGACAAACUUGGAUGGCUCACUAGCAACAUCCUUCGACCUCAUGCUUUUGCAUUGUGUAUCUUUGUCUUUGCUUCAUGAGCAAUCGCAAAAGGUUAUUGCUGUUACGUUUGUUUAUUUUAAUGUAUUUAUGUACCUUCAGCGGUAAUACCUGGGCAGUUCGCAACAAUACGUUACAAUGCUGAUAAAAUAAACACAUCAAAAUACAUCACGGUCCACAGUAGACUAGCUCAGCUCUGUAUUAACAGCCCUCAAAUGCCUGAGUGAACAUAUGGGUCUUUAGCAAACAUUGAAAGCCUGGGUUGAAUAAUUCUCUGCAGCAACAUAGGAGGUGCUGUAGGGAAACUAGCACUGAGUGGUUUAAACAAUCAAUCACAGGGAAUGCUGGGGCUUGCAGCUCUGUGGGAACAGGGGGUCUCCCAGCAGCUCUCAACACUUUUAACCAACUACAGUUCCCAGGAUUCUUUGGGGUAACCCAUGACUGUUUAAGACUGUAUGAUAUGGCUUUAAAUGUACAGUUUUCAUCACGUAGAUAUGUUAGGAGGGGAUUACAGGUACAAAGGAAACCAAAGGGGUUGGGGUUGUUGUUGUUGUUGUUGUUGUUUUGCUGCCCAGGCCUCAUUGAGGUAGAGUCUACAGCUGUCAUGGAACAACGCCAAACCUUGAAGUUUCUUUUAACAGGCUAUUAGCAAGGCCAAUAUGAUUACACUUAAGGGAAAAGUUUGCUGUAACUCUAGAGUAGUUAGGAAAAGCUCUGAAAACAAGAAAGGAAGGGAAACCAUCUUCAAACCCAUUAUGUUGGGCAGUUUUUUUAAAAGGAUAAUCUUCAAUGCUUUCAUGUUUUUCUUAAAAAAAUACCUAAUUAAAAAAGGAUUUUAAAAAAAUCUGUUGUGCCUUCCCUCCUCAUCUAAACAAGGCAGCCUCUCAUCUUAGAUCCUCAUCCUCAGGAGAUCAGUAAAACAAUCUUUUAAGUAUUUAAGGGAGCUUGGCCUAGUGAACAGUUGAGCUCUAGGUUUCCUUGACGUCUAAUGUGAUGAAUAUCUUUCCUUCAACUGGCGGCACCUGUCCCCAGCAGAUUAAGUGAACCGCUGUGGCUUCUCUCCCUAAUACAGCCCAUGCUUACAAGUGUUCUGUGUGUCUUGGCAAGGCUUGGGAGUUAAAAAUAUUCCAUCUAGCAUGAUCUCAAAGACCCGUAUUAAUAGCAGAGGGUCAAAAUAUCUACAAGGCUUGUGGCUGCCCUGCAAAUGGGCAAGUCCAGCCUUCUCGCAGGAUUUUUCCAUACAAUCAGCUCAUAGCAAAAGUGAGUGCUUGUUUAUUGAUCUGUUGCACACACUACAGAUAGUUUUCUUCAAGAGUGUGGCGUCUUGUCUCAUUUCCCUAGCACUGGAUGUGUUAUAACUUGUACAAAAGAAAGCACAGUCCUUGUCCUAUGUAGCAUUGCCAUGUGGAAAUGUAGAUGCCUAAAUGUCACAGGCCCCUCCAGGACAGUGUUUGAAAUUAGCCAGGCGCCAGGUGCGCUUUGCACCACUUUUGACCAAGCGAAGAUGCCUGGGCGCCUGACAUCUCCACCAUCUGGAGGUGCAUGCCUGGGGGAUCAUUGGAUCUGGACUGUUUUCACACACUAAUACCACAUCCUGUAGAAUUCCAUCCGUUAUAUUUUAUCUGCACAAUCGGAAUGAAUUUCAGGAACCAAAAUGCUUUUUCUGUGCAGCCUGAACAGGAGCAGUCAACCUUAAGAAAAAGAGAUUGGAAGAGGCCAAUAGAUAUGUGGAUUGUUCCUGGAUCAAGUGACUUUUCUUUUCAAAGUUCUCAAGCUAGCUCAAGGUUGUCAUCUGAACUAGCCAGACGUUUAACUGAGAAUCAAUCACAGUCAGUACGUUGUUUGAAAAAUAAGACUUUAGAGUUGUCUUUCCUCAAAAUGGCAACUAGACAUUCCGUUUUGGUGACUGUAACCUUGGUUUAAGGAGUCCUUUGCUGCCUAGCUUAUAUAUCUGAGUUUCUAACACUGUUCCAGGGUGGUGGUGAUAUAGCCUCUCUUAGGAUUUAGGAACAUAAGGACUCUGCUGGAUCAGAUACAUCUACCAGUUUCAAAUCUUCCGUAUCUGGGUAAGGUAAUUGAGAGAGCGGUUGCCGAACAGCUUGGUAGGUUUCUGGAGGAAACAUCGGCUUUAGAUCCAUUUCAGUCCGGUUUUCGUCCUGGUUUUGGGACCGAGACAGCUCUGGUUGCCCUAACAGAUGAUCUCCGUAGACAACUGGAUCGAGGCGGGUCAGGACUGGGGAUCCUUUUAGAUUUGUCAGCAGCCUUUGACAUGGUCGAUCAUGACCUUCUGGACCACCGCAUUGCAGACGUGGGGAUACAGGGCAUAGCCCGGAACUGGCUGUGCUCUUUUAUCUCUGGUCGGGGACAGAGGGUGGCACUAGGGAGAGAAAUGUCGUUGCGCCACUCCUUGGUGUGUGGAGUGCCGCAGGGCGCAAUUCUCUCCCCGAUGCUUUUUAACAUCUUUAUGCGCCCCCUUGCCCAGAUUAUCUGGAGCUUUGGGCUGGGCUGUCACCAAUAUGUAGAUGACACUCAGCUCUAUCUGCUGAUGGAUGGCCACACCAACUCGGCCCCGAACACACUGACCAGAUGCUUGGAAGCUGUGUCUGGAUGGUUUCGUGGGAGCCGAUUGAAACUAAAUCCUUCGAAGACAGAGGUCCUAUGGCUGGGUCAGGAUGGCAUGGGGAUGAGGGACCAACUCCCUUCUCUUGCGGGGGCCCAAUUAGUGCCAUUGCCUUCCGUUAAGAGUUUGGGUGUGAUCCUUGACGCCUCCCUUUCCAUGGAGGUGCAAGUUACAGCAACAGCCAAGGUGACAUUUUUCCACCUUCGCCGCAUCAAGCAGUUGGUCCCUUACCUUUCCCGCCCCGACCUGGCCACAGUGAUCCAUGCGACAGUCAUCUCCAGGCUUGACUACUGUAAUUCGCUCUACACGGGGCUGCCCUUGAAGCUGUCCCAGAAACUCCAGCGGGUGCAGAAUGCUGCAGCGAGGCUCCUCACGGGGUCUCUGCCAUGGGAGCAUAUUCACCCAGUGCUUUUCAAGCUGCACUGGCUCCCGGUGGAGUACAGGGUCAGAUUUAAGGGGCUGCUUUUGACCUUUAAAGCCCUUCACGGCCUAGGACCCUCGUACCUACGGGACCGCCUCUCCUGAUAUGCCCCACGGAGAGCCUCAAGGUCCAUAAAUAGCAACACCCUAGUGGUCCCGGGCCCUAAGGAAGUUAGAUUGGCUUCAACCAGAGCCAGGGCCUUUUCAACUCUGGCUCUGGCCUGGUGGAAUGCUCUGCCUCAUGAGACCAGGGCCCUGCAGGAUCUGAUUUCUUUCCGCAGGGCCUGUAAGACAGAGUUGUUCCGCCUGGCCUUUGGCUUGGAGCCAAUUUGAUUCCCUCCCUCUCUCUCUUUCUUUUUUCUUUUCCUUCUCCUGCGAGGAGGCUACAUUUUAAUAUUUUAAUGUUUCAAUAUUUUAAUGUUGUAUUUUAAUUUUGUUUUUAAGUUGUAAUCAUUCAACUUGUUUUUAUUAUUGCUUGUAAGCCGCUCUGAGCCCGGCCUUGGCUGGGGAGGGCGGGGUAUAAAUAAAAUUUAUUAUUACUCUAGCAUCCUGUUCUCACAAGGGCCAGCCAUAUUUCCAUAGGAAACGUGCUAAGAAGGCAUGCUUGGCAAAUCCACACCAUGAUCAACUGCCGCCCGUUAACCAAUGUCCCCACUGUGGAAGGACGUGUGGAUCCAGAAUUUGCCUCCACAGUUACUUACGGGCGACAAUCUUACUCAGCUAUGAGUGAUCACCAAAGAAGAAGUCGUCGUCCAUAAGCUGGACCUUAGCACAACACCACUUUCCCUGGAGGCUGGGUGCUUCUGAAUGCCUGUUGCUGGAAACUGCAGGAGGGAGAGUGCUGUUGCACUUCAGUCCUGCUUAUAGGCUUCCCACAGGCAUCUUGUUGGGCCGCUGUGAGAACAGGAUGCUGGACUAGUUGGGCCAUUGGGCUGAUCCAGCAGGCUCCUCUUAUAUUCCCUGCUUGUGAUUCCUGCAACUGGUAUACAGAGGCAUAUGCUGCCUUUGGCUCAGGUAGAACACAAUCAUAAUCACUAGUAACCAUCAAUGGACUUCCCCAUACAUGAAUUUGUCACUAAUCCUCUUUUAGAACCACACAAAUCGGUGGUCAUCUCUUUUCUGGAUUGCCCACAAAGCAAAUGAAAUAGAAGCACAACUCUAAAGAAAUGUUAAUAUAGCUAUUAACAAAUUCUUUAUUCAGCUGAAACACAAUUUAUUAUUAAGUGUCCCGUAUACAGCACCAUCGAUGUACAUGGUGCUUUUUAAUAAAAGUAACAAAAAAAGACAGGCCGUUGCCAUGAAGAGCUGGUACUCUAAGUUUCGAUGGGGAAGGAAACAGUGGGAGGCAACGAGAGGAGGAGGGCAAGGUUAAAAAAAAGGAUGCAUAAGUGUGAGUACUGAUGUGUGAAUGAAACAGUAGAAUUCUGAGGUGGUAGAAUGGAUUGUACCAGUUCAGGAUGCAGGUGGUGGGGGGGUUUCACAAUUCUUAAAAAGUUGACAGAAGGACACAAUUAGCAGUACAGGGUGUCAGAACCAGACUAGAACCUUUCUUUCAGCUAAGUGGGCUUUUGCUUUUUUAACUAGAAGGGAAUAAUUUUAUAUGUGGGGUGGGAUUCAGACAGGUCACCCUUCUAGUAGUCAGAAAUAAUACAGUCCACUUCAAGAUCACGACGACGUCAUUCAGGUUUCAUUUUGGUUGGGGAAAAGAAGUGCAGCUCUUGGGCCUUGGACUGUUGAAAAUCUUCUCUUUCAUCCACACUUCCUUCUCUUUCCCUCCUCUCUUGCAUCCCAGUUCCUGCCAGGACAUUUCCAGUUGACAAAUCAUCUCCUAUUUUUCCAAAGGCAGGAGGGAACCUGGUUACUUGUUCACUGUUUUGAACUUGAUUCUAAAAUGUUCUCAUUUGCUAAGUGACUUCUACAACCCUCUCUCCAGUUUAGCUGACUUCCAACUACCGGUAUGUCGCUUAAUCUGCAGAGAGAGGAACAUGGGAGUUUUUUCACAAAAUCAGUUUGUGCCUUCUUCCCAAAGCAGCAGAUACCUAUGUGGGGGUUUGUGGUUCCAAGAAGCUUUUGAAAGAGGUGCCUACAAAGUGAGCACUCAUCAAGCUGUUUGCAAGCAGCUAAUUCCCUCUGUGCAAAUACGGUGUGUUUUGCUGCCGCGCAGUUUCCAUUAAAUAAGCACUGAGCACCAUAAACCCCAUGCUAACGCAGCAGUUACUGCUGGCAGACAUGGUAAGGCAGGUCAAAGAGACGUCUCAAGGCAGGUGAUUAGAGUGAUGUCAUGACUGGGGAAUGCUAAGGCCAUUGCUGUAUCCACUUCUCUUCAGGAACUGAAACACCAAUCUGAAAAGAAAUGGUCUCAAAUUGACUGACAAAAAAUAAUGGAUGGCUUGAAUAAGCCUUUGUUUGAAUCCCUUGCUGGAAAUGAUCCUUUGACUGAAUCUCUCAUUAGAAACGAGGUUUUCAGUCAGGGUUGUUCGCAGUGCAAAAAUUACCCAAGGGGCUGAUUCAAACAGUCAGUUUUUCAUAGAUCUAAUCUGCUCUAGACAGUCAAAGCAACUGUCGUUUUUGAAGGGUGCUGGGAGUUGUUGGGAGAGCCUUAUUCACCUCACAGAACUACAAUUCCUUGGGAAGAGGGAUUGACGGUUAAACCGCUCUCUGAAUUGAAGUCCUUUGAGGGGAAUAGGGGGUCUCUCAGCACCCUUAACAGACUACAGUACCCAAGAUUCUUUGGGAGAAGCCAUGAAUGUUUAAAAACGUUCAGUCAUGAUCUAUAAAUUAUAGAAUAAAUAAUAUCACCCGGGGCAGAAAAAGCACUUCUGCAAAUCAGCACCAGAGAUGUUGUGUUUCUCAAAUCAGUCUUGGCCUGAACCACAACAACUUUAAUCUUUAGUGAACGUGACGCAGGAAAUGCGAUGUUGUUGACUCUUUGGCAUAGAUAUAUAUCACUGUUUCAUAUGGCAUUGUUUGGUACAUGGUAAUGGUUGCUCUAGAAUGAAGUGUAAAUUAACAUUGCUGACUUUCUGACAUAGUCUUCCAGGAGUGGCUUGGCUUGGCAGGAGGCACAGAGCCACACCAAUAGCCUCCUGGCAGUGGUGCUGCUGUGGUGAGUGGCACCACGCCCACUCUACACAGCCCUAACCACUGUGCUCCCUGCCCUUCCUGGUAAGUGGCACUGCUGCCUGGAGGCUGUUGCUGUGGCUCCAUCCCCCUGGAUGAGCUGCCCCUAUAGUCUUCCACUAUUGCUUCAUUUACCUUUGAUGCUAACUGCUAGAAACAAAAGAUUAUCCUAACAGCUGUUUCUAGACAAACAGCUGUUAGGAUAGUUCUUUGUUCCUAGGCUCUGCAGGAUGAAAUAGCAAGUUUGCAGGCAUGUGCGUGCAUGCACACACAUUUUUAAAAGGGUACUAACUUAGAAUCCCUGCUAUGCCAAGUCAAUGGGUGGAUUUAGCUGACAUAAUUCAGUGGAGGAGGUAGAUUCUCCCCAGAGGCACUAAGUUCUUGAUGAUGAUGAUGAUGCAGAUGAUGAUGCACAUUUUAGGGCCAAGACGUGACACCGAAAACAGAUUCUGAGACUAAGCCAGCCUUGUAUUUAAGCACUCGCCUUGUCACCCAUGGUAAUGAAUUGCAUUCAGACCCGUGCACUGUAAUCCAUGCCAGUGAGUUAAUGGGCUGGUGGGAGGGAAAUGAGGCACUCCAUCCCUUCUCUGUACCCAGCAUAGAAACCAAGUAGGUGCCAGUGGAAUGUGGCGUUCUCUGUCCCUCCCUUACUAGCACAUUAGUGUUGUUGUUUUUAAUUCCACAUGGAGGGACUUUUGUUUAACUUAUAAUAUUGCAAGCUUAGGAACUUUUGUGGGCUCAUUAAGCCGUGGCUCAUAGUUAAGUCCUGGUCAAACCUAGUACAAAUCGAUUGUGUAGUCUCCUAAAUCCAACACUUCUUAUUUUAUUAUUUGAAAUGUGCUUUUGCAAAAUGCUGCCCUACCAAGUACUCAAAGCGUAGUCCAGCAAUCUGAAAAGCAAACUGAACCAUGGUGCCAUAAAAUGCUCAGAUCACAUAAACACAGAAAACAUGGGAAAAAUUCAGGCAAGCAAUUAACAGUUGUCGUUUACACGAAACCUCCAUCAUAGUCCAGGCCUUUCAGCCUUUGGUAAGCAGAAACAACCCCCCUCCCCUUCUUCAUCCAGAGUUGGCAAAUAACUCUCACAGUAAUGAGUCCAUUCACCAGGUCGUUCAUGUUCACAUGUCCUUCCUUCCAAUUAAGCUGCAGUCCCAGUCUCCAUUGAGAAGGAAAACAAUAACAGCAAGCAAGAUGUAUUCCAGAAAUAUUCUCCCUCUGGCUCAUUAUUGUUUUUAUGCUGUGGUUCACAUGCUGCUGAAAAAGUCAAAGGCUUUGGUUAUGGUGAAAGCAGCUUAGGCUUGUUUGUUCUAUAUGCACAAGGCAUGUUAACAUCAAAGGGAGAAAAACAUCUGCACUAUUUGAAGUUUGGUUGUGAACCAUAUUUCCCCCCCAUUUGAACACCACUUUUUUUUUUUUAAGCGCCCUCAUUUCACCCUUGGUCGCAUAAUGCCCCAGUUUCUUGCAGCAUGCUUUUCAAACCAAAGUUUAUUUUAGAAAAGCAGGCCUCUGAAGAACAACUUGCAGUUUCAUUUUAACUAUACAGAGGAUGCAAAACUGGCUGUGUCUCUAGUGUGGAGGGUAUUCUGGUUCAGUCUUCACAUUCGAAAUUUAUCUUACCUCUUUUAACAGAAGGUGAAUACACCCUCAGUUGUGGGAUAUGCUCUAAUUUUAUGUGUUUGCUUUUUUAAUGGUUCAGGGGUUCAGAUGCAAAGAAUACCCUGGUCCACAUAUCCAUAUUUUCAAAAUUUUCUAGAUUACCAAGUCAAUGAAGUUCUACUCAAAAUAGACCCAUUUAAAUUAGAAGACCAAAGUUAGUCUAUUUCCAUGGGCCUAUUCUGAGUGUGACUUAACACUGGAUAUAACUCAGUGUAAUUAUAUCUGGCUCAAUCCUAUCCACAUCUACUUGGAAGUAAGUCCUAAUGAGCUUGCUAGGGCUUUCUACAUUUAGGACUGCAGCCAUUAGUUACAAGAAAGUAAAAGAAAUAAUUACAAAUAGAUGUAUCAAUUUAGAACAAAAUCAAGAGGUAAGGCCUUUUUCUCAGUGUCUCAGAUAUUCCAGCUGCCAGUGCUGGUGGUCUUCUUGCUCUCUGGUGCUAGCCUUAGUCUUUACUAUGGAGGGGGUAAAUGUUUCACUUUGCUACUGAGAGUGGCACUAAUCAGCCUCUGGACUUUAAUGGCCAUGUGAGGCCUGGAAGGUGAGUGGAUGCAGAAACAUAGCUAGGGGGUGGGGUGUGUGUGCACUGGGCACCACUCACCCAGAGAGUGGCAUUGCAGUGCGCCCGAGCCAUGCAUUUCUCCUGGGCGUGAGACAGUGGCUUGGGCGGCUGCACGCUCCGCGUUGCCCAAAACGGCAGCAUGGGACUUGUGUCUGCCCACUGCCUCCCUCUCAGCUGCCCUACAGUUACCUGAACUUCUAUUUGUUGUAGUUACAGGUAGGUAGCCGUGUUGGUCUGCCGUGGUCGAAACAAAAUAAUAAUGAAAAAUUCCUUCCAGUAGCACCUUAGAGACCAACUAAGUUUGUUAUUGGUAUGAGCUUUCGUGUGCAUGCACACUGUUUCAGUGUAUCUGAAGAAGUUUGCAUGCACACGAAAGCUCAUACCAAUAACAAACUUAGCUGGUCUCUAAAGUGCUACUGGAAGGAAUUUUGUUUUGUUUCUAUUUGUUGUGUUUGAGGUGUUUCAUUCACACAUCCAAGUCAUCACUUGAUAACUACAAUGUAUGUGUGAGUGUUAAAUUAUCCAUUUUAUUACCUGGCCAAAGGAUUUCUCCUGGACGGAAAGCGAAAGAGGAGUGAACCGUUGUUUUUGCAGUCCUGGUUUUAUUGCACCAGAAAAGUCGUCAUCUGUUACUUACCACACAUAAUGGUUGAGAACAGUCAUGUAUCUCAGCCAUUUGCAUUUAUAUCUGUGGUUAUUCAUCAGCUUUCAGGCUUUCUCAGAAAACCACUAAUUGAAGAGUCCUUCUACCUUGAAUAUGCAGUAGUAAGAAAUGAUUCACUGAUGUGUGACUGAUGAUUAUUCUAAGGAAAAUCCCAGAGUUUUUAUAAGAUGUCUCUGUGGGAGUAACUGAAUGCUUUCAUUUUUACACCCAAGCUCUCAGCUGAGCAUUAAUUGGUUUUUGAUCUCGAUGGCAGUAGGGAUCCAUUUUAAAGGAGAAUUAAAUGGUGACGCUGUUAAAAAUACUUCCCUCCCACAACAGCAAAGACUCUCUGUGGCAAAGGAAAGCAUUUGGAUUUCAGGAGUUAAUAUGACUAUACAUCAGCAAUCAAAAUGGGGGGGGGCACGGUUUACUGUGCUGGCCCCACAAGAAAAGUUCCAAAAUACAUAUUAAGGAGAUACUUAACUUAAAAGCAAUCCGUACUAUUUCUUUUUCUUUUUUUAACCUAGGGGCAAAUAGCACACAAUCGAUUGGUGGGAUGCCUAUAUUGCAACUGUAAAACAAGUUUGAAAUAGGUUGGUUAGUUGGUUGGGAAGUCAUCCUGAAAUGUACUUCGACGCAUGGUUGGACUUCACCCUUGUGGCAUCCGUGUGCUCUGGACUGCAGCGACCAUCAUCCUUGGGCAUUGGUCAUGCAGGCUGGAACUGAUGGGAGUUGUAGUCCAUCUGGAAGGCACCAGCUUAGAGAAGGGUGCUACACACUGUGAGCUCUCUCCCCCUUCUGCCCUCCCUGGAUUUCACCGACAACCCCACAGCACGGUAAUCUGCAUCCACCCAUAGUUUUGACCAAUUUUUGACAAGUUUCAUGAUGUGUGAAAAACAAGUUGUGGUGAGUUUCUAUCUCGCCUAGUCUUACUUGGGGGUUCAUUACGCUCAUAGGCGAUAAUUUAUGGAAACAAUAGUUUUUAUUUUGCUUUCAAAGUGUAUCAACUUACAAUGAAAAAUAUGUUGGAUGAGCUGAGAUAGCGUUUAUCAGAAGAGGUAAUUCAGCAAGCCUUAUAAGAGGGGCUUCCCCCGCCCACAACACCUCUUUCCCUGAAAGUGACUCACUGCAAAGAGCACAGGCCUUUAGAGGCAGGUUUCUAAUCCAGCUCUCCUCAUUCAAGAGGACUGCAGAGAGCCCUGCAAAGAUCAGGGCCCUGGGCAGGCAGGCAGCAUUGGGAAGAGCUGCUGCCCCAGCUAGGCAACUGUAUAAAGCCAGCUCACCUGGGAGAGGGGCCGCCCUGAGGGGCCACACCAAAGGGAGUCAUCCCUUUGGGGCUUGGCAUUUCAGGGGUGGGGUGAGGGCACGGACCAGCCCCCCUGUGCCAAGUUAUUAAUUUAAUGGGGAUGGGGUUUAAACUUGGGGGUGUUUUAAAGUGUUACAACUUGUAUUUGUAUUUUUAGUUUACCCUUUUACAUUAGUUAAGUGUUUAAGUUACAGUGGUACCUCGGGUUAAGAACUUAAUUCGUUCUGGAGGUCUUUCUUAACCUGAAGUACCACUUUAGCUAAUGGGGCCUCCUGCUGUCGCUGGAGCCCGAUUUCUGUUCUCAUCCUGAGGUAAAGUUCUUAACCUGAGGUUCUAUUUCUGGGUUAGCGGAGUCUGUAACCUGAAGCGUAUGUAAUCUGAAGCGUAUGUAACCCGAGGUACCACUGUAUUUUGUUUUAAGUGGGGUGGGACAGGGCUGCCUGGAAGUCCACGUAUUGCUCUGCCUUCCUUUGGACCACAUCAGCAAGGCCGGGGGAGGGGUCUUGUCAUCUGGGCAGCCCAGGACUGCCAUACACACCGCCCAGGCUUGCGUCCCAGGGAAGUCACUUUGGUGCUGCUAACACAGCGGUUUGAUUUCACCCCUGGAGCUGCACUCCAGGGGAGAGAGCCAGUGUGGUGUAGUGGUUAAGAGCGGUAGUCUCGUAACCUGGGGAACCGGGUUCGCGUCUCCGCUCCUGCACAUGCAGCUGCUGGGUGACCUUGGGCCAGUCACACUUCUUUGAAGUCUCUCAGCCCCACUCACCCCACAGAGUGUUUGUUGUGGGGGAGGAAGGGAAAGGAGAAUUUUAGCCGCUUUGAGACUCCUUAGGGUAAUGAUAAAGUGGGAUAUCAAAUCCAAACUCUUCUUCUCCAUUGUUUCUUGAGACAGACAAAGGCCAGCAACUACAGCAGCUCCCCAAGGUCUCGAAAGGCAGAGAUCCUUCCAUGCUCCACUCCGAGAUCUUUUUAACUGAAGAUUUGGUGGGGAUUGCACCAUCUACCUCCGAAGCAACAUACAAUAUUCUCUCUCUCUGAGCUUUGGAUUCUUUCAUUAAAACAAGCGACUUGCAGGUCAUUCUGGUUCCCCAUCUGUGCUCAUGUUACUCUGCUCAAAGAACAGCAUUGAUAUCUGUAACUAACUAGCUAACACAGGGAGGGGAUACUUUGAUUCACUAUCAACCCAGUUUAUAUCUUUAUUCCCACUUAGAACACUUGAUUUUAUAGUGCCGGUCAUAAAAGGGCUUCAUAUUUUCAUACUAGCGACAGUGCAAAUGCAGAGUAGGGGAAAUGCAUAUAACUUCAGGCAUGUUACUAAUGUGUUGAUUCAAAGAAUGCAUAGAGUCGGGGAAAGCCAACAGGGAUAUUGUUUGUUCACAGAUACACAGUGAAUCAACCUUUGUUUGUGUCUGAUGUUGAAAUAUAGCACCACAGGCUGGUUGAGACUGGUUAAGGCAAUUGCUUUUUUAACACCAAAGUGAGAGGCAGAGUAUCAUGGAUUGAAAAAGAUAAUUACUGUGUCUUAUCUAGCCUAGUGACUUACAGCUGUCUUUUGUCAACAUUAUUUCUGGCUUUUAAUGCAAGUUAGAGCAUUGUUUCUCUGUAAUGUUAUCACCUUUAUUUAAAACGUGUUCCUAUUUUUCUGUCUGAAAUAUAUAGUAGACAAGCCCAGAUUGUGCUGAUUAGUUAUAAAAUAAUAGAGGGCUCUCCAAAUGAAAAGUAGGACUGCAUCACACUCUUAGCUAUCCAUGUCUGUCUGUUUAAAUUAGGCGUACAUUUUUUUUAAAAAGUCAUGUGAGAAAGUUACACAGCUGUUUGAAAACAUAGAAGCUUGGUUGGGUGGUGGGCUUGGCUGCCACUUCCUGUUGAGGUAGCAGCAAGCCUCUUUGGUUUGUUCUGUGUAAUGUGUGAAACAGUCCUUGGUGUUCUGGGUUGAGACCUCAUGUCGAUGGAGGACUUUGAACCCGGGACCUUCAAGGAAAGCACAAUCUGUGACAUGCCCUGUUGAAACAUGAAUGGCUAAUCCGUUGUUGCUGAUCUACAGUUCCCAUAAGCCCUGGCCAGCAUGCCCAAUGGUCAGGGAAAGCAGGAAUUGUAGUUCAGGAACAUCUGGAGGGCCGUAGGUUAGCCUCCCCUGUGCAAAAAGAGAUAUUGGGAAGCAGUGCUAGAAAAUGCCUGAGACAUUAGAGAGCAACUGCCGGUCAGUUUAGAGCAGUGUUUCUCAAACCUGUGUCUCCAGCUGUUACUGGACUACAAAGCCCAUCAUCCCUGACCACUGGUUCUGCUAGCUAGGGAUGACGGGAGUUGUAGUCCAACAAAAGCUAGAGACACAAGUACUAGAUUAGACAGUGCAAGACCAAUUGUCUGACUCAGUACAGCAUAAGGUCACAUCUACACCAUCCAUUUAUAGCACAUGGCUUCCCCCAGAGGAUCCUGGGAACUGUAGUUUGUUAAGGGUGCUGGGGGUUGUAGUGCUGUGAGGGUUAAACCACAGUUUCCAGGACUCUUGGAGGGAAGUUGUGUGCUUUAAUGGUGUGGAUGUGACCUAAGGAUGCUUCAUAACUUUUCAGUUUUAACAGGCAUGCUUGCAUAUGAAAAUCUAAAAGCUUGAUUUUUGUAUGCACUGGCAUUGCACAUUCACUGAACAGUGUGUAUAGUUCUUUAGGGCUUGGCCUAUCUAGCACCAACUACCAAGAAAGCAAAGGGAAGGUAAUAAAGGCUACCAAACCAAACCAGAAUCUAGGUUUCUGCACUUUUAGCAUCCGUAGAUUCCUUGCUGAGAUUUCGUAAGCAGCUUCACUUGCAACAUGUUUCCGUGUGGGAGCAUUCCUGAAAAGCUGGAGAGAACAGUGGGUUCUUUUGUUAAGGACAAUCAGUUUUAAUUAGAUUCCGUUUGCAAGUUUAUUCUCUUCGGAAACUGCUACUCAACAGGAGCAGACUUUGGUAAUGGCUGGAAAUAUAAGAGGCAAAGCUCUCAUCUCAAAGUCUUUAAUCCGAUGCACCUGCCUCUGCCGAUCUGACUCGAAGGAUGCGGUGGCAGGGGUUGAGGGCACCCUUGUUUGUUCUCUGAUCUGACCCCUCUUGUUAAGUCAUUGUACACCCACACACCUUUGAUCUUUAGAUGACCAUAAGGAAAAGUAAGGAAACACAAUAUUUCAAAAGAAUCACUUUAUCAAGUUGUUUAACAAAAACUCCUGGAGUAAACCGGUCCAAGUAGCUGUUGAACCAUUUUUGGAAAGGGUAAGGCAGUGUGGUGCAGUGGUUGGAGUCUUGGACAGGGACCUGAGAGGUCAGGGUUCAAAUCACUACUCAGCCAUCAAGCUCACAGCCUCUCUAGCGUAACCUACCUCACUGGGUUGUUGUUGUCACGAUAAAAUAGGGGAAACAGCAUGUAUGCCACCUUGAACUCCCCGGAGGGCUGUAAUGUAACCAUAAAUAAAUAAAAUACCUCUCCAGGAUCAGAAAUCACUGUGAUGUGAUAAAUGAAGUUGUGUUGGGGCACUGAAGAGAGACAGGUCUAUGCCCCUAGUUGCCUCUGAUGCUCACUGGCAUGUCACCAUCGCUCAACCCAAGCGACUUAUAAUAGUGUCAAACUGAGGACAAGAAUGAGAAUAGGAACAUGCAGUGAACCCUUUUUGCAUCUUUACACAUAAUUCAGCGCCAAUUAGUUCAGUGAGGAUUACUCCAGGUGAGUGUGCCCUUUCUCCAAACCCUGGUAGGAAAAGGUACCACACACGCCGAUACUCUCACAUUUCUGGCUUGGUGAUGAGAUUGAAGAGGGAAGAGAGAAGCAAAAGAGCAAUGGAGAAGUACUCAGCCAGGUGAGAAGAUUAUAUAUGGCUCUUUCCUGCCCCUGUCAGGGCACAGGGAGCAGGAGUGGCUCUCAUUGAGUUCUCUCUAGCAAACUUAACAGGAAAACUCUGUGAGCUUCAGCUCCUAUCAUGUCCUAUCUAGAAAACAUGCAUUGUUGGUUUGACUAAGAUCAGAGAACAAGGCCCUGUCAGUAGUCACAGCUCUGUCCUUCCCCCACUCCCCAAAAGUCCUUUGCGUAGCACAUCUGUGCUCCGGGAGAGUAGGAGUAAGCCGGUGCAACUGUGCCAUAGGACUCUCUUCCAAGCUGCUCUCUUAAUUGUGUUGACUGUUUCUAUGUCAUGCUCUACAUGACAGGUACACACUGAAUAUCGGCGUAAUGUCGAGUAGCAAUGCUUUCUCACUGAGUUAAACGUUAUGAGAUCCUUGGCAGUUCUGCCUCUUUCUGACAGUGCACAGAUGUGUCAGAUUCUGGUCUGGUGUGCUGCUGGUGGUGGUAUGGGAUCCACAGCCAUGAUUCCUCACUGGGAGUCCAUUGUGGGUGGAGGGGGACAACCUAAUAUACUUGACAUAACAGUGGGGCCAGACGUUUCUUCAAAUUUCAUUUCCAGCUACAGGAACGAUGAAAACGGCUUGUCAGUUAUUGCUGAAAGACUGCUAGACUAGAUGGAUUGUUGGUCUGAUCCAGGAAGGCAGUUCUUCAUAUGUUCUUAAAUGCUCUCCUGGUUGUUGUUUCCUCCCCUCUCUCUGUUAGGUAAUGAAUAGGAAGGAUUUCUCUCGCUCCCCCUGCCCCUUUUGUGUAAGGAAAAGGGAUUUAAUGAACUGCAGAGCUGGCUGCUUGACAGGGGACAUGCACACUCAGCGUUUUUCUUGGUAAAAGAACACAGAGUUGGCAUAGAAAAGACCCAAGUUACCACUAUUGCAGGACUAAGGACUCUGACAGACUUCAUCUUUGUUCUUUUGAUAAUGGUUGUUGUUGUUGUUGUUGUUGUUGUUGUUGUUGUUAUUAUUAUUAAAUGCAUUUCUUUCAUGGUGCAGGUUUAACGUAUGUUCUUUACUUUUCUUUAACCACUUACCCAUGCUCAGUUGUUCUGCGUAGUUGAAAUGGUCACAGUGUUUGGCAGUUAUCAGCGAGUGUGUCAGGGAGGGAGGGAGAGACUGUGGGUGCACCAUCUGGUUCUGUUAAUGCGUAAACAAGUAAAAAAUUCUGAUUUGAGAUGUAGGGUUUUCAAGAACCAGAUGACCACAGGCAUUCUUCUAAGGAAGAGAAAGGAUGGGGUAUGUGUGGAAAUGACAGCCUGCAGUUCAUUGACAUUUCUCAGGAAGCGCAUUCCUGCAUACCAGAAACUCUAAGGAAGUGAGGGCAAAGAAGGGGCUGUGAAGGGGGAAAGCAUCUUUCCUCCCUCUGCCUACGGUCCCCUUCCUUUGGAGGCUCAUUAUACUCAAUUGCAAGAAAAUGUGCUUUUGGGGUUUGUUUUAUUUACAGUGGUGCCUCGCAAGACGAAAUUAAUCCGUUCCGCAAGAGUCUUCGUCUAGCGGUUUUUUCGUCUUGCGAAGCAAGCCCAUUGACGGAUUAGCGCUAUUAGCGCUAUCAGCUGUUUAGCGGCUAUUAAAGGCUUAAAGGCUUAGGGGAUUAGCUGCUAAAAGGCUAUUAAAGGCUAUUAAAGGCUUAGCAGAUUAGAUAAAGGGGGAAAAGCGAAAAAAAUCUCAAGACUCGCAAGGUAUUUUCGUCUUGCGAAGCAAGCCCAUAGGGGAAUUCGUCCUGCGAAGCAACUUCAAAACGGAAAACCCUUUCGUCUAGCGGUUUUUCCGUCUUGCGAGGCAUUCGUCUUGCGGGGCACCACUGUAAAUGUAUAGAUGCUCUGAAGGAGUAGGGAGGGCAAAGUAAUUGCUUGAAACUAGACCAAAACGGAACAGAUAUGAAAACCCCAUAUUGGCUAUCCAGCUCAGCUUAUCCCAGCCACCAGACAAAUCCAAAGAGAACUUGAAGUGCUUCUGAACCUUCAGCUUUCAACUCCAUGUCAAUUUCAUAUGUUCACCAGAGCUGCUUCCACGUGGCUGGAAGCUGCACUGUUCUGGCCCUGUCUGGUAGGAAGGAAUUGUGUGGGUUGGGUGAAUAAUGUGACUCUUUCCCACACCAAGCCCCAGGGAGGAGUAACAUUGGCAUGGGAAGGAACCAGGACACUUGCCCAACCCACACAACUUCUUGCUAUAAGGCUUUUUAAAACAACUCUUUUAACCACUUGGAUGAAGUUGUCCUGCAGCUGCAUUUACAUUUGCCUUAUGUUGCAUGAUUUCUUCUUGUUGCAGCACUUUAUUCAAUAGAAUAUAUUGUGCACUGCCCUGGAAUCAGUUAUAAGGAUUUUUACAGAAACAAACAAAUAUACUGGUAUUCCUGGAGUACUGUGAUCCAGUCCCUGUAAAUCAUGGAUCUGACAUGGUUAAUCUCCACAAAGGAAUCAGGUUUUUUCAGCUGAGGUAACCCCCCGAAAAAGCUGCCUGAAUGUGACCUUAUUGUAUGAAAUAGUUGCAUGGAUGGUACAACCAUUAAGGUGCUUUAUCUUUAUCUUAAUGCAGGGCUGAUGAACCUGCUCCUUUCAAAAUGCUGUUGGACUCCAACACCCAUCAGCCCUUGCCAGCAUUGGUCAGGGAUGAUGAUGAGAGUUGUAGUCCAACAACAUAUGGAUAUGAAAAACCCAGGUUUUCCAUCCUUGCUUUAGGAGAUGUGUGAGAGUUGUAUGCAUAUAAAUGUCAAGCCUAUAUCCAAAUCUAGACCUGGGGUGGAUCCAGACACAUGAAAAACCCCACUAUUAAUAAGUCAGAAAUUAGAUCGUUACAACAAAAGAAAAAAACUCUAUGGAAAACCACAUUUUUAAAUUUCCUGCUCUCUAGCACCAUCUGGUGUUGCAUGUUUAUAACACAUUCAAAUUGCUGUUCCUUUACUAAUGUAGCUGAGUCCCUGGAGGGUGUGUGCUUUAGCUCCAGGUCCCUGAAAUAAACAUCUGGAGUUGGGGCUGAAGCUGACAUAUGGGCUGGAAUCUGCUGAACCUCAGGGUCCCUUCCAAUUCUAUGAAGUACAGUAGUCCUGGAAAGGGCAGAAGUGCAGGCUCCUAGCACCUGUACCAAGUUCAUCACUCCAGAGACUUCACACUGACUGCCAAUCCCAGGUAUUAAUGGUGCACAUCCUGGUUCCCUUUUGCCUCUAAAGAGAGCUCAGUACACACCUUCCAGGGUAAUUUAACUAGGCUAAGUCUCAGCCUUAGGACCCUGAAGUUAAUGGUUCAAACCACCCCAGAUUCUCUGUCCAUUUGGACUAGGACAUAGUAAGUUGCCUUAUACCGGGUCAAACCAGUAGUCCAUUUUAGCUCAGGAGAAGAUGUGUCCAUAGGGAGGACGACAAGUUAGUUCUUCCUAAGAAACAAGUACCAAUGUUUUUAACGGGGCGAGUGCUGUAAUAUUUCUUUAGAUGUGUACGAUUCUUCUCCCUCAUGCAAAGUGUGGCUUUGGAGGCACCCGGACAAAAGUCAGUCUGUUUCUUAGUCCGUACGUUGCAGGACAAAGAGUCAUUAGAGUGAUUCUUCAUCAUUAGAAGUAAUUUCAGAAAUAUGAGAUGAGAAAAUGUGGUGGGAGAACAAACCAAUUCCCCAAACAUAGGGAUUAGAAACAAACUGCAUGCCCUUGAGGGAUGAAAAUUGUACUAGUGUCUGUGCAUCCUGCGUUGUGGGCAUGGAAAGCAACCACUAUCAAAUUUAAUUUGGCUUUCAUACUCUUGAUUUACAACAAUACUCUGUGCUCGCAACUCCUGUUGAUUUCAAGAAAAUUCCUUGCACCUCUCAAAAUAAAUAAAUACAGUACAGUGGUACCUCGGGUUAAGAACGUAAUUCGUUCUGGAGGUCUGUUUUUAACCUGAAACUGUUCUUAGCCUGAAGCACCACUUUAGCUAAUGGGGCCUCCUGCUGCCGCUGUGCUGCCGCUACACGAUUUCUGUUCUCAUCCUGAAGCAAAGUUCUUAACCCGAGGUACUAUUUCUGGGUUAGCGGAGUCUGUAACCUAAAGUGUAUGUAACCUGAAGCGUAUGUAACCUGAGGUCCCACUGUAAAGAAAAAAGUCCUGGGCUGGGAUGCAAAAUUGUGUCCUUGAGUGGCCCAGGAGCCUGGGUAGCAAUGCGUAUAUUACUAUCAGAAGUGCAAUAUAUUUAACGGCAUCCCUGAAGUGUGAAUGGGUAUUUCCUCGUGUCCAAAAGCAUCGCUGCACCAUCUAUCUACAUGGUACCUGAUCUGGCAAGGAAACUGCAUGAGGAAGCAAGUUUCCACUUAGGUAGCUCCCUUGUUGGGUUGGGGCAGUAUGAACAAGUUUCAAUUUUUAUUUUUUUGGCAUUUCUAUCCCACCUUUUUCUCUACGGAACUCAAGGUGGUGUACACGGUUUCCCCCUCCCCAUUUUAUCCUCACAACACCCCUGCAGGGUAGGUGAGGCUGAGAAACGGUGACUGGCCCAUGGUCACCCAGUGAAUUUCAUGGUCGAGUGAGGAUUCGAACCCUGGUUUCCCAGGUUCUAGUCCAACACUCUAACCACUACACCACACUGGCUCAAAACUCUGCAUAGGGCUACAGCUCUGCAUGCAGUCAACCAGUUGGCAAGUUGCCACCGCCAGCAGAUUUUUAUGCAGCUAGCUUUGGGCAAAUAAUAAUAAUAAUAAUUAAUAAUUUAUUAUUUAUACCACACCCAUCUGGCUGAGUUUCCCCAGCCACUCUGGGUGGCUCCCAAUCAAGUGUUAAAAACAGUACAGCGUUAAAUAUUAAAAACUUCCCUAGACAGGGCUGCCUUCAGAUGUCUUUUAAAGAUAGGAUAGCUGCUUAUUUCCUUCACAUCUGAAGGGAGGGUGUUCCACAGGGUGGGCGCCACUACCAAGAAGGCCCUCUGUCUGGUUCCCUGUAACCUCACUUCUUGCAGUGAGGGAACCGCCAGAAGGCCCUCGGCGCUGGAUCUCAGUGUCCGGGGCUGAACGAUGGGGGUGGAGACGCUUCUUCAGGUAUACAGGACUGAGGCCGUUUAGGGCUUUAAAGGUCAGCACCAACACUUUGAAUUGUGCUCAGAAACGUACUGGGAGCCAAUGCAGAUCUCUCAGAACCGGUGUUAUGUGGUCCUGGCGGCCGCUCCCAGUCACCAGUCUAGCUGCCGCAUUCUGAAUUAAUUGCAGUUUCCGGGUCACCUUCAAAGGUAGCCCCACGUAGAGCGCGUUGCAGUAGUCCAAGCGGGAGAUAACUAGAGCAUGCACCACUCUGGCGAGAAAUGGAACUAUCCCCAGGUGGACAGGCCCAUGUGAAUGGCAAGCCUUACAGACUAGCUACAGAAGUCAUCUAUAAAUACAAGGGUCCACACAGGCAGUUGGGGGGGGGGAGCACCCAUGUAAAAUAGGGGCUGAAUUGUUGCCUUCCUCCUCCCAUGUUGCAGUACACAAACCAUCAGUUGCAGAGGGGAAAAUCCAAAACUAGAUUUUCAGGAAUUUAACAUGAAGCCCUGUGUAUGUAUGUGAUUACUUGCGUAUGUAUGUAUGUGAUCAUUUGGCCAGGUUCCAAGAGCAGCACAUUUCAGCAUUGCUAAGUUUGAGCAUUUUCUCCAUAGCUCGUAUAAGCAGCCUGACGCCAAAGUUUUUGCAUUAAAAGAAAGGAUUAAAAUUUAAGGCUGCCUGGGGAAGAGACUUUUGUUUCUCAUUUGCCGUAUCUGUUCUCCUAAAGGAAAGGUUUGCAACACCGCGGGGACUUGUUAUUUAUGUUAAACAGAAUCUCUGCAACUUAAAGAGCCCCUGGAGGACAAGUCAUAAAAUGAGCUCUUCCCCCCCCACCCGCCUUUUAUUUUCUUUGAAAAAAGUCAUUUUGUUGCAAAGCAUUUCUGCCGCAAGUAUGCUUGGCAUACUUAGUAGGCAGUCUAAUAAUAAACUCGUCACUGAGAGAUCUGGAGUAGAUAUUUUGCACAUUUGUCAAUCCUAGGGAAAACAUUGCUUUUAAAACUGUUUGGGGGCUUAAGGGAGGAAAGAAGGCUGAAACUGCUUUUGGCACUCCUUGGCUGUGUGUAUGAACAUUUGCAAUUGCGAUGGCAAUUCUAAUAAUGAUAAUGAUUAUGGUGGUGGUGAUGAUGAUGAUGAUACUAUAUUUAUACUCCACCCAUCUGGCUGGGUUUCCCUAACCACUCUGGGCGGCUCCCAACAGAUUCAAAACAGAACACACACACACACACACACACACACACACACACACGGUACACAAAUGCAUGAUAUACCGAUUUGGGAAGGUCUGCCUUGCUGUUUUCACUUCUGAAGAUGGACCAUAGACAUACCUGAUGAGCCUGCAUAAGUGACAAGUGAAGGUAGCUCUGAUCUGGUAUGAAGGGCUGUAUAGGAAUUUAUUAAAUAAAUAAAUCUUACAGCCAUGUUAGCUGCACUACUUGUGACAUCCUUUGCACCUAGCAAAAGGCCAGAGAGAAAAUGAUGGUGCUUAACCAUUUAAAUGAAACACAAUUCAUUGGUGGAUAAUGUGUUUUGCAUGCACAAGGCUCCAGGUAUGAUACCUGUCAUCACCAGCUAGAAGGAUCAGAUAACAGGAAAUAAGUUUUCCUGAGAUCCUGGAGAGCCAGAGUCAGUGCAGAUGAUGCUGGACAAAUAGCCUGGCCUAGUAUAAGGCAUCUUCUUGUGUCCCAAAUAUUUCUUUGUUAAACCCUUCUUUAGUACAUCAAUAUACAGCGAAACCAUUCUGCGUAAUUGAAUUAGAUUUCUUGUGAGGGUAGCCAUGAGAUUUCAGUCAUGACAACAAGAAGAUAUUUGGAAAAGUUGCCACAUAAUGUGACCAUGCAUUAAAACAAUGCUGUUUGCAAAUAAAUGUCUUGCCCAGGACUGUAGCUACAUGCUGGGGUUUGCUGGCAUUUUACCAGAGAAAUUAAAAGUAAAUUUCAUCUCGAUUUGCCUUCUUUUAAAUUAAGCAGCACUGCUUCCUAACAACACAUUCUCAGGCAUCUUUUUUGGUUCUGUGUCUGGGCGUUAAUAAAAAAAAUGUGCAGCUAAAUAACAUUUAUUAUUUUGGCAGUAUCAGUUUCCUCUAUAAAGUUUGUUGAUGGCUUUAGUGUUAGUUUUUAAAAGUUGCACUUAACUGCAUAUUUGCCGGGGAGAGUCAUGUUCAUUCCAGAUGUAAAGCAUUUAUUUGUUAACCCAAUUUAAUCUGAAGCUGGUUUGUAAAUUCAGAUGAGGAGCUCCUUUAUAGCAGGUGAAGAAAAAUUAGUGAUGUGAUCAGAACACCUGGAAUUAUUAUUUUAAAAAUAAAUAUAGAUUUCCAGUAUACAACAGCAAUUACCAAAAAAAGAGGGGAAAUGCAAAAACAAAACUCCAACUUACCCCCUCCAGGAUGGAUCAGUCUAUUUAAGAACACCUGGAAUUCUUAAAGAUCAGCAGCUGGAUGCAGAAUAAGCUUAACAGGUGUAGAGUUUAGUUCAUGUUCCUUGCUGGCAUAUAGCCAUACAACAAGACUCUUCCUUCUUGAGCUCCCCUUGACUCCCCAAGUGGGAGUGGAAUGGAUUAGCUUGUGAUUGAGGCGGGACAUUCUAAAUAUUGCCUUGGAUCGAGGAAAGGAUCUGUCACAAACACCACAGAGUCCCACAGACUGUAGCUUGCAUAGGAAGCUACAAGCAACCAUGGCUGUCUGCUGAGUGCACUUAUAUGACAGCCUCUGAAAUCCGUUGCCCGUGUUUCUCAUUCAUGCAUUUUUGUGUGUGUGUGUACUUGAAAUAUGUAAUUCCUGAAGCACCUCAUAAUCAUAGGUAUACAAUCACUGGACACCCUCUCUCCAAACACUGACUCUGAAUUUAAAUACAGUCCCCAGUAUCAUCAGUGUCACUUCAAGCUAUCAUUGCAGAGUAAAAUCCAUGGGUGAAUGUGGUCUAUGUGGCAGAUAUGCUGGUUGGGUACAUCUGAUCCACAGCUAAUCUCCAUGUGGGCAUGCAGAUUGACCGUAUUGCUGGCAUCCGCCUGUCACAAGAAACAAUGGAAUGCUUCUCCAAGGGUCUGUGAAGUCAAAUCAUGGCAUCAGCAGCACCAAAGUGACCUCCCUGGGGCAUAAGCCUGGGCAGUGUGUGUGGACGUCCUGGGCUUCCCAGGCGACAAGACUCUGCUAUUGGCCUCACUGACGUGGUCCAAAGGAAAGCUGAGCUACCGUAUUUUUCGCUCUAUAAGACGCACCAGACCACAAGACGCACCUAAUUUUUGGAGGAGGAAAACAAGAAAAAAAAUAUUCUGAAUCUCAGAAGCCAGAACAGCAAGAGGGAUUGCUGCGCAGUGAAAGCAGCAAUCCCUCUUGCUCUUUUGGCUUCUGUGAUAGCUGCGCAGCCUGCAUUCACUCCAUAAGAUGCACACACAUUUCCCCUUACUUUUUAGGAGGGAAAAAGUGAGUCUUAUAGAGCAAAAAAUAUGGUAUACAUUUGGCACCAGCUUGGCUGCAGGAGUUGCCAGAAGGAGGCGUACAAGGCAGCAUCCAACCAUCUUAGGGACUUCACUUUGGAUUUGUGCAGGGUUUACUCCUUAGCCCUGUAUUCUCCCAAAGAUAUCCCACAAGGCUGUGGAAGUUUAGGAUCAGAGUUUUCAUUCUCCCAGAUGGGCUUCCUUCCCAGAUUGACUAGUAGCAGAUAAAUAAAGCAUCUCUCUCUCUCUCUCUCUCUCUCUCUCUGUGUGUGUGUGUGUGUGUGUGUGUGAGAGAGAGAGAGAGAGAGCUCUCACACAUUAGGCUGGCAGAUAGAUAGAUAGAUAGAUAGAUAGAUAGAUAGAUAGAUACAGUGCUUUUUUCUGGGGGGUGCAGAGGGACACAAACCCCUAAACAUUUUGUGAAUUUAAGUUUGGCCUCAUUGAGGGGCAGUAUUUCAACAUGAGUAGGAAAAUGAGAGUACCCCUAAACAUUUUUUAGAAAAAAAGCACUGCAUGAUAGAUAGAUAGAUAGACAGACAGACACACACACACACACACACACACUCACACAGGAUUAAAGUUGUUAUGAGCUAUCUUAGGUAUCCUUUUUUUUUUUUUACUCUCAAAAUAACGAUGGUUUGGGUUUUCCCCCUGGUAAAACUGCCAUCAACUAGUGAAAUGAAUGUUUGUAUAAAGACUCUUAACAUGGCUGACCUGUGCCUGGCCAAGUGCCUCAGUAUUUAUGUUUUCCUGUCUUUCUCUUUGAACCCAUAGGUAGUAACUCCAGUCAGGUCAGGACAAGGUUAUGUUUAUGAGUUCCCUACCAAAUACCAGAAGGAUACCUAUGACAUCCCACCGAUUCGUCCUCUCCAAGGGGUAAGUACCAAUAAAGCUGUCAAUGGCCGUUGAAAUUAAUCUGCAUCUGAGGUCUUGGCAUUUUAUCUAUUUCCUAAGUGUGGAUCAGGUUUACUCAUUCCAGAUUUUUUAAAAAAAAUAAUCUCUGACCAGAUUGCCUUUCCCACUCUCUAGAUGGCCACAGAGUUUAAUGAAUGCACUGCAUGUGGCUCAAAAAUAGAAAAUCUGCAUCUGUUUUCUAAGGGAAUAAUCUCUUCAAGUGGUCACACAGAAUACCUGAAAGCAGAAAGUGGUCUGUUGUGUGUGUUUUUCCAAAUGCUGUUUCUCAGUUCAAAUGUCCCCCCCCCCCCAUAUAAGAAAUAUUAGUCCCUUGAAUAUAAGUACAAAUAGCUUAGCUGGACUUGCAUACUAUAAGAAAAUAGAGCAUACUUGCCUGUGUAGGUUAGGGUUCGUUAGCUUGUUUUUACUCUGAGGUUAUCCUGGCACAAAGACUGUGUCUCCCAGCAUGCCCUGGGGCAUCUCAGUGGGUUCUGAAUAGCUCAGUAGGUUAGAACGUGGUGCUGAUGAUGCCAAGGUCGCAGGUUCAAUCCCCACAUGGGACAGCUGCAUAUUCCUGCAUUGCAGGGGGUUGGACGAGAUGAUCCUCAGGGUCCCCUCCCAUUUUGCACAGGGACUUGUGUAUAGUUCCCAAUGUAACAAGUACCCCUUGAAAUUGAUUUGUGCUCCAGGCAGCAGCCUACUUGUUAUAUGAUGGAGCCCUGCCUUUCUCCUGGUUGGUGUCCUGCUUAGACAUUUCAGAAAGUCUUGCUGAUCUCCUUUGCUUCGUGCCAUGUUAUAUUGGGACUGGCAAAGAAUGAAAGCAUGGCUGUCAUGUGUUAGGGGAACCCGCACGAGUGCAAAAUAUCUGAGCAAGGAAUUGCUCAUUUCUGUCAUGCAUGUAGAAGUUCCUCACUGGCUAGGAGUUCAGCAACAUGGACCUUCCCCAUGUCGUUGGUGGAGCAAUCUUUGCAAAGAGCAAGCAUCCAAGAGAGAAUGGAGAAAUACCCAACUCAGCCCUUCCUGCUCCACAUCUUAAGGUCCAGGGGGACUGUAAAUGGCACACAUAUGUGCUGAUCUCAGUGGAACAGAGCAGGGAGGGAUAGUAGGGCGGGAGAGUUAAUUCACACCUCAUGAAAAUUGUUAGGGAUUAGGCAUCAAUUACCAUCAGCAGCUGCGUUCAUACUUCAGUGGAGAAGGAGCAGGGCGGCCGCUCUGAGAUAAAUCACAAGUGUCAAAGCUGCAGGAGGAUCGAGCCCCGUGUCAGAAGCCUUUUCCUGUAGAUCGCUUUCCUACGGUCAUAGUCAAUUUAUUGCUACAGCACAUUUUCCACAAAUGCACAUAUGCUUAAAGCAAAAAUUAAGCAGACUACAGUAAUAAUAGUACACAAGCACAAUGUUAGAAUAUUAUUAUUAUUAUUAUUAAUAUUAUUAAUUAUUAUUAUUAUCAGUGCUAUUUUUGUAGAAAAAGAGGUGCCAGAACUCACCAUGAACUCCUCCCUUGUUCUAUUAGAAUGGCAAUAGCGCCCACCUGAGAGGUGCCAGAACUGAGUUCCGGCAAGUUCCAGCUGAAAAAAAGCCCUGAUGAUUAUUAUCACACUUAUACCCCAUCUUUAUUCCAAGGUGAUCAAGGUGGCAUUUGUGGUUCCUCCCCACUCCCCAUUUGACCCUGUGAGGUAGGCCAGGCUGAGAAGCAGUGACUGGCCCAAGGUCUCCCAGCGAGCUUCAGAGACGAUUGGUAGAUUGGAACCCUGGUCUUCCAGGUUAUUGUCAGACAUUUUCACUGCUGUGCUACAGAGGAUGGAAGCUGAUGUUGGAAUUUGGACACAAGGUGUUUCCCAGGAGGGGGCAGAUAUCACGGGGUGCGGGUAUAUAGUCUGAGGCUGCUCCUCAAUGCCAGGUUGUCAGCUGAAUCCUAGGUGGCCUCAGCAGUGCAGGGUACCUAUGCCUCAUUUACCAGCUACAGCUGUUUCUGGACUUAGAUAAGCCGGGUGCGGUGAUUUAUGCUCUUAAUAACCUGCAUUGGACUGCUGGAAUGUUCCCUACAUGGGCUACUCCAUCUUCUUAGCCACCCAAAUCAAGCUGCAUAGUACCAAGGUGGGUCAAGUUAUUUGGGGGCAAGAUAAAAGGAGAUAUACCGUAUUUUUCGCCCUAUAGGACGCACUUUUUCCCCUCCAAAAAUGAAGGGGAAAUCUGUGUGCGUCCUAUGGGGCGAAUGCAGGCUUUCGCUGAAGCGUGGAGAGCGAGAGGGGUCGGUGUGCACUCUCCACGCUUCAGGAAGCUAUCAGCAAGCCUGGGGAGCCUGCUGGAGUUCCCGCAGGGCUCCCUAGGCUGCGGAUAGCAACCUGCUGCCCGGAGCGCGGGGCGCGUUGAAGCAGGGCGCCCCGCGCUUCGGGCAGACACCCGCAGCCCGCUUGCCUGGAGCGCGGGGCGCGCUGAAGCAGAGCACCCCGCGCUUCGGGCAGAUAUCUGCAGCUGGGGGGGGAAAAUAAAAUUUCCCCCCUUUAUUUCCCCCCCCAAAAAAACUAGGUGCGUCCUAUGGGUCGGUGCGUCCUAUAGGGCGAAAAAUAUAUAUAUCCCAAGUGUCUCUCCCUGGCAGUAAAAUAUAUAAUAAUAAAUUAAAUCACUAACCAUUUAUGGCCCUUUCAUCACCACCCAAAAUCAGCUGCCCAAGGCGACCUGCCUAACAGUUAAGGCCAGCCCUGCUAAUGUACAAAUUAAAAUUUAACAAGCCACUGGAGCUCAAAUGUUAAAUUGCGGGCCUUCUAACAAAAUACGCAGCUUGUCAUGAAAGUGGGCCUCCUUUCUGAAGGACUGGAAAGUAGCCAAGGUAACCUCAAUUAAAAGGGGGGGAGGGGGAUCCAAAGGGAAGCUGAACAAUUAACGACUCGUUAUGUAAGCCUUUGCUGGCUUUACAAGGGGUGUAGGUAAAGUCAUGGAGGGUAGUUUUAAUGGCCAUUGAUAGACCCAACAGUGUAAUCCUGUACAUGUCUACUCAGGAGUAAGUCCCAUUGGUUCAGUGUAAGUUGACACAGGAUAUCAGCCUAAAUGGAACUUCGUGUUCAGGAGCUGUAUGCCACUGAAUAGCAGUAGUUGGGCAGCGAGCCCAGGGCAAUUGCUGUCAUGUCUUGUUUGGGGGGUCUCUCCGAUGGGCAACUAAUCCCAAGUUUCCAAAUCCUUUUGAAAGCAGGAUCCUAGCUUAGACAGUGAGGGUUGAUCAGUGGGGGCUCAUCUUAUGUCCAUGUUCUGAAAUUUCUCUCAUACACAUUUCUCUUCUACUGAUCUGGAAUCUGUCAAAACAAUUCCAAAUUCUACUAAAACCACAUUUGAUAGUGAUCGUGAUAAGUUAGUUGGACUCAAUGGUCUGACUUGGGAGUUAAUCCAGCCACUCAGUGGGUAACCUUGGACCACUUGUUACUUAUUAACUUGAUCCUACCUCACAAGGUUGUUGUGAAGAGUGAAGAGACCACAUAAGCCGCCAUGAGCUCCUGGAGAAAAGUUGGGAUACAGAUGUCAUGAAUAAAUAAAUAUGACCCCAGUCCUUCAGAAAUAUCUUUCCAAAAUACGUUCGUUCUUUUCCAAAACUGGAAAACCGGUCCUUUAGAAAAGCAUGAAAGUGGUCUGGAGAUGUCUUUGCAUGUCGCCAUUGUUGUUUGUUGUUCUUUAAACCCUAAGCAACAGCAAGUAAAACCCCAAACCUCAUCCUGUUUGUUACAGAAGUAAUUCCCAAGCAAAGGGGCAGAGUGGGGUUAGAUAGAUUUGAAAUGGCUGUGGGUCCCUAUGGUGCUUUCCUCUGUUUGUGUUAAUGCGACUCUUCUCUCCUAAGAUUUACGACGUCCCCCCUGCAUCAUUUAAAGGUCCCGCACACACCGCCCAGAUGGGGAACGUGGAACCUCAAGGGGUCUACGAUGUGCCUCCUGCAAAAGGCGUAAGUCUAUUCCUCCUCCAUUGAAAGCAAACGUGUAAUUUCAUGCUGUGUCGAAGGCAUGUUUGAACAAAAAAAGUACAUUUUGCAUUUUACAGAAGAAGCAGGGAGUGCUUUGAACUCUCUAGCCCUUUCAACAUUCCCCUCAAGCUUGCAGCUCGCUUAUUUAUUUAAAAUUGUGAUAAAGAUAAACUUCAGAGUGUAAUUACUAGCUUUACGUAAGGCAUUCUUGUAAUUAGAGUUUUGAAAAAUCAACACUCGUGCAGCGGGCUGAUUUGGAUCUUUCUGCUUCACCUGAGAGGAGUUCAUCCGUGUUGCUUCAUUGGCUUCCCAGUUGCUUUGUUGGUUUCUCUGGGGCUCUGACUGCCUGGUGCGCCCGUCCCCGUGGAAGUUUCCCAUCAGGGCACACAUUCACACACAACCUGUUUAUUCCCUUCUGCAAGAUGCCGCAUAACAGGCUUUGCCACAGAGAGCCACAGUCAUCCCAAGCUACAUUUUUUUUUUUGUGGAGACAUGGUGGGUCUCUUGGCCAUUCCCGAACUUCCUUCCUGUUGGUGCUGCUGCUUUGGGGAGUGCAAACAUCAGCUAAAAACACAAUAUAGUGCUUAACACAGCUACCGAUAAACCAUCUGGGUAAGGUGGGUUACUUUCCAUGGCGGCACCAAUCUUCCCUGGGUACUGAGGAGCAAUUAAAUCAUGUGUCUGGCCCAACCUGGUGUUACUGAGCUGUGACCAUGCUGAUCCAGAGAUCGCAAGACCAUAGCUGAGCAUGCAUUCACCUUCUCUGGAAGCCAGUGCAAGCACUUAUGUUGACCUGCCUCAGUGUCUUAGAUGUCUUCACGAAUUAAUCACAGGCCUCACGGUAUGGAGGCCAUGCCUUUUUGCAGCUCAUGGCUUUUUCCUACUUUCGUGUUCCAGAUCUACUCAGUCCCACCUUUGGGGUGCAGAGAUGCUGCAGAUCCCAGGGAGUGCUUGCCCGACUCAGCCUCUUGCGUGAAGCAUGAUGCGAGGCCAGAAGGUGUGUACGACGUCCCACCUCCCAUGGCCAAAGGAGCUGCAAAGGAAACCGGGCAGAAAUGCGUUUGCAGCCCACCUGCCCCUUCCGACCUCCCUCCACACCAGCAAGGCCUGUACGAUGUCCCAGUGAGCCACCAAACCCCCUUUGCUGGGCAGCAGAUAGCUCCCCAGAUGGACGUCUAUGACACCCCCAGAGGAGUCCCAUUCCCCGGACAGCUCUUGGGAUUUGGGGAUGGUGAAACCAAAGAGGGUGUGUACGAUGUGCCUCCGCAGGUGACACAGGACACUAAAAGGCUGCAGGACGUGACGGAUGGCAUGAACAGGCUGUCCUUUUCUAGUACAGGGAGCACCAGGAGCAACAUGUCCACAUCUUCCACAACGUCAAAAGAAUCGUCCUUUUCUGCCACCCCAGAGAAGGACAAGAGAUUAGCGCUGGAUCCCGACGCAGCCAUAGAGAGACUCUACAGGCAUCAGAGCACGGUAGAGACCACUGUCUCCAGCUUAAUGGCCUUCGUCAACUCCGACUGGCGGUCUUACGAGUACAUGGAGAAGCACAUCAACAAGAUCCACGCAGCCGUCGAGAAGGUGGAGCAGUCCCUGGUUGACUACCUUCAUUUUGCCAAAGGAGCUGCGGCCAAUGCGUCCUUCCUCUCUGAGCUCAGCCUCUACAACAAGCUGAGGAGGGAGCUGCAGAGGCUGGAAGAUUCGCACCAGAUUUUAACCCAGACUAGCCACGACCUCAGCAGCUGCAGCUGGUCCUUGAACGUCCUGGCUGUCAACAAGGUCCAGAACAAAUGCGACGAUCUGGACCGCUUUGUGAUGGUGGCGAGGACGAUCCCAGACGAUGCUAAGCAGCUCACCACCAGCAUCAGCCUCAACGCCGAGGUGCUCUUCAAGCAAGGGCAGAGUGGCUCUUAUUUGAAGAAUGCGUCGGAGAUUGCAGAUUAUGUAUAUGACAGCCCUCAGGCCCAGACGCUGCGCCCUGGAGACAAGAGCCAGGGGCAUUGUGCUUCUUUGUCACCCCUCCUUUCCAAAGACCAGCAUUGCCAGUGCAGCAGCAGCAGCGAUGGCUCAGAGAAGAGCUGGAUGGAUGACUACGACUACGUGCACUUGCAGGUGGGUCCUGCUUCGCUGGAUUAAGCCAGGUUUGGGGAAGGGCCGUAGCUCAGUGGAAGAGCACCUGUUUUCCAUGCCAAAGGUCCCAGGUUCCAGUAUCUCCUAGUAGGGUUAGGAGAGACCCCUGCCUGAGAUCCUGGUGGGCUGCUGCCAGUCAGUAUACAGUGGUCUGACAGCAGGUUCCUGGGCUCAGCAUCCUGCUUCCAGUAGGGACAAAUGCUUUUGGGAAGCGGCUGACAAGCAGGGCAGGAAGGCAACAGCCCACCUCUGUGCUUUGUCUCCCAGGAACUGCUGUUCCGAGCUAUACUGCCAUGAAACAUGGAUGUUCCUUUGAACUAGAAUGAAUAUUAGCAAUAAUGGAUAUCUGUUGGCCCAUUUUCCAUGAAUCCAUUUAAAUUUCCCUUUAAAGCCAGCAAUAAUAAUAAUUUAUUAUUUAUACCCCGUCCAUCUGGCUGGGUUUCCCAACAGAAUAUUAAAAUACGAUAAAACAUCAACCAUUAAAAACUUCCCUAAACAGGGCUGCCUUCAGAUGUUUUCUAAAAGUCAGAUAGUUGUUUCCUUGACAUCUGAUGGGAGGGUGUUCCACAGGGCAGGUGCCACCACCAAGAAGGCCCUCUGCCUGGUUCCCUGUAACCUCACUUCUCACAGUGAGGGAACCACCAGAAGGCCCUCGGCGCUGGACUUCAGUGUCCGGGCUGAACAAUAGAGGUGGAGAUGCUCCUUCAGUUAUACUGGGCCGAGGCUAUUUAGUGGCCAUCAUCAUAGGUCAGGAGUAGGAGAGCAAUGAUUCACAUUGCAUCAGUGAAGUUAACUCUUUAUUCAAGGAAACAGGGUUGCCCCAGAAGGCCAGGCCUAAUGAGCAAAGCAGCUCGUCCCGCUAGAUCAGGGGUUGGCAAGGUUUACCUCACCUGGGCCGGUUCACUCCAACGGAGAUCUCUCCAUGGGCUGGAUCGCGCGUGUGCACGAUUUCUGGCACUGUGGAAACGAGUCCCCAUGCCACACUGUGCCAGUUUAGUGCAGCGUGCGGAGACUCGCCAAGUGGGCGGCUCGUGGGCCGGUUAAAUGACCCCUUUGGGACUCUUGUGGCCCAUGGGCCUUAGGUUGCCGACCCCUGCGGUAGAUAUUGCCCCUACGAGCCAGUUGUGGAGCCUGAAGCUCCCCACCUUCCCACUGUUGUCUAAGUCUCCUCCCCCACACCCCCCCGGGUCCUUUCCAAGCAAUCUGAGACUCCAUCGCUAUGCUAGUCCUUGCUCCUCCCUCUUCGGGCCUCUUCUGGUUCUGGCUUCAAGUGCUGCAGGGGAAGGUGGAAAUCCCUCACACUGGCACCCAUUUUCUGGACAGCAGCUCACCCCAGGGUAUGAUGUCUCAGUAGUAGGCUGUUUGCCCCAUCUCCUACCAAUGGCUACUAGUCACGGUGGCUGUGUUCUGCCUCUGAAUGACAGUUGGUAGGAAUCGCAUGGGGGGAAGAAUGCUGUCGCUCUUAUUGGGAUCAUUUCACAUGGUGAGCUCUCUCUGUUCUUGUAUCCCUUCCUUCUCCUCAAUGAUAACAACUGGAGCGAGAACAUAAUGAAAUACCUGCUGUGCAACAGCUACGCUCCUGGCUGGUUGUCAUCUCAAGAGAUGCACAUGCGUGACAUGGCAUUCUUUGUUUUGUUUCUUAAAUGUUAUCCAAUCAGGGGAAGGAGGAGUUUGAAAGGCAACAGAAAGAGCUUCUAGAGAAGGAAAAUAUCAUCAAGCAGAGCAAGAUGCAGCUGGAGCAUCACCAGGUAAGAGUUUGUGGAAGCGCCAAAAACAGCAAAAGAGGAAAAGUCACAAAAUGCCACUGAAUGGAGAAUUUACUGUCUCUUUAAACCACGUGGCCAGCUGGCAGGGGGCAGGAGAAGCUGUCCUCUUUUCAGAACACACAUUUCUUUAUUAUUUUAUUAAGCAUGCAAAAUGUACUAAGCCCCUGAAAGCACAUUAAAAGCAUGGCAUCUCUUCCCACAGGCUUAAUAGACAAAGCACAAAACGUGUUUUUUUAAAAUGUGCUUUUUGCACUCCUCUGGUUUCGCCCAAGCUUGCUGCUACUCUUGUUUUCCUGUUACCCUAUUUUGUCCUCCAUCCUUUUGGCACUUAAAGAGCUUGCUAUUAGAGGGAACGGCACUUUGAAAUAAUGUGGCAUUGACUCUGCUGUUUCCUUUUCAGCUGAAUCAGUUCCAGUGGCUGGAACAAGAAAUCACGAAGCCCGUGGAAAACGACAUCUCGAAAUGGAAGCCGCCUCAAGGCCUUCACCCUGUGAACAGCCCAAUGGCCUCCCAGGAAAGGCAGCUGCUUUUGUUUUAUGCGGACCAGUGUGAGACUCACUUCAUCUCCCUUUUAAACGCCAUUGAUGCAUUCUUCAGCUGCAUUAGUGCUGCGCAGCCACCGCGGAUCUUUGUUGCGCAUAGCAAGUUCGUCAUCUUAAGUGCUCACAAGCUGGUGUUCAUUGGGGACACCCUCACUAGGCAGUUGACCACUCAGGAAAUACGCAACAGUAUAAUGAACUCCAGCAACCAGCUUUGCGAAUUGCUUAAAUGCAUCGUCAUGUCCACCAAGGUGGCUGCCCUGAAUUAUCCCAGCACAGCAUCCUUGCAAGACAUGGUGGACCGGGUGACAGAACUCUCCCAUUAUGCGCAGUCAUUCAAACGCUCUUUGGUACAUAUGGCAUCUUACUGAGGCACACAAAAUGGACAGAAUCCAAUGCAGAAUAAUGCCUUAAAAAAAUAAAAGAACUGGAAAUGUUUUCUAUAUUAUGUACAAAAAUGAAACUUGAUCAUUUAAUUUUAUUUUUUUCUAGAAGUUUUAUACUAAAUAUUUUAAAUUCAUUUUAUGGAUUAGAAAUUAUAAAGGGUUUCGGCAAUCUCAGCCUGUUUCUUUUAUCAUUUUAAAUACAGUAUACAUAUAUAAAUAUAAAGUGAUACUCUGCAUGUAUGUAUAUGUUGCAACAUUCCAUAAAGUUCAUUAAGUAAGCACCUUAACAAAAGCAUCCGUCAGUUUUAUGGUGUAUAUGUGGCCUGGGUUUUUCAGGAUAUCCAUGAACCGGAUACUGUUUUUGCCUCUUGGGGGCUAUAGUGUAUAUUGUAUUUUAUUGUAGCCUAAUUAUGUCUUGGCAUAGGUUGCUACUAAAUAAACGAUGCCCUCUUACACUGAA